GAUCAACUGAGCUGCCAAUCUACAUUGCUGUACUUUCUCAGGGGUUCUAACUAGGAGUCGCACUAGUCCAUCUGUACGCAUUGUUCAGGAGACUGAGGGAGGAACAGACGUGUUUUCACAGUCAGCCUGAAGGGGUGAUCACACCGCACAAGCUAUAGCAGCCUUGCUGGCACAGUCAGCCAUACAUUACACACAGGGACAGUGGGGAAGGAACAUCUCUCCUGUGUGACCAGGAACACGUGUAGGGAAAAGCAGGUCUGGACAUUCCAAUCACCCCCCUCGCAGCCCUGAUCACAGAGAUACUUUGUUUCACUCUGCUGGAAGGAGAUAAACAAGUGUUCUACAGAGGGAACGCAGAGACUGCUUUUUUAUCCGGUGGGAAUUCUUCCAGCAACAAGUGAGGGACCCGAGCAAGGAGACCUGGGAUCGUUUGGCCCCCAUUGCAACUUUUCCCCUGUCUUAUUUGUGAACCCCCAAGAAAGCCUGUUUUUAGGGGAAUAAUGAGGAACGUUUUGAUACUCCUUACCUGUGGCUUGUUCGCCUUGGUGUCCGGGGAAACGGUGAGUGUGUUGAUACACACAGCGUUAUUUACCUAGAGCUGGACUAACAUACGGCUCCUUUAAUUAACUCUUUUAAUAAAUACAGCAAGCAGGGUGACUGUGUAUGGGAAGCAGUCCUGUAAUGUGGAUUUUACAUAAUAGGUCGCUGGUGGUGAGGGUAUUAAGAUUGGACAGUUUGUACUCCAGUACACGUUACCUUAUAAGACAUUCUUUACUGGGCAGGAUAUUCAGAUAUCAAAAAUAUAAUAAUAAUAAAAUUAAUAAUAUUAUUUAAAAUUAUUUUUUUGGGGUGGAGGGGGGGUUAAUGGUCCUGAUUUAGAAAGUGGGGGGGGGGGAAGUAUUUUAUUUAUCCCAAAUAUAAUUCCCUUAAAAGGGUGCAUGCGGAUGCAUUGAAUAAGCUUUUUUUAAUGCUAUCUAGAGUGAUCAUAUAGAAAUGUUAUAGUGGUGGGCACAUAUAAACCAUGCAUUCACCAUUGGUGACCUAGCACCAGUGUUAGGGCACAUGUGUUUAUUGUUCUAAGGAUAUAAAUUAAAGGGACAGUGUGGACAGUAAUGUGGCUGUGUAAAAAAAAAACAAUAAAUCCUGACACUUCACUUAUUUCCUGAGGGGGUCUGGCUGGAAAAAGCUUCAGAUGAAUAACUGCAAAAAAAAGCUAAUGCCUUUGUAACUCUGAUCGUUAUCUUAUGAAUACUGCUAUCCAGGAAACAAUAGCAAUAAUUAGGCUUCUUGAGAUUUUUUUUUGGGGGGGAGGGGGGCUUGCUAAAUGCUCACUCUCUAGAACAAUGUAUAUUUAAAAUGUAAUUAGCAGUGAUCUCCUUAUCUGAUUGAAAUUGGAGUUUAAAUGUAGAUUAUUUGUCUGUAACCAAGGCCAGUACACGGUGACAUGCUGCAAUUGAAGGCAGCCACAGUGACUGGGAAAUGAGCCGCAAUCACCAUUUAAAGUUUAUUUUGGGACAUUAUGUUGCUUGCCAGCAGAGUGUGUUGUUUGGGCAGCGGACAUUUGGUUAAAUGCUCUAAAUGUGUGAGCGCUAUAGCAGUAGUUAUACACGGGUCCUUUUUCUGGUUACAAAGUAUAUGUAUUUGUUAAUGUAUUAGUUUUCUGUUGUUCUGGCAUUUUUCCAAAGAGCAACACUGAAUAUAUAUUAUUGAUUAUUUCAGUAAUGUAUCAUAACAUAAAUAAAUAUAUAUAUAAAAUGUAAUGUUUGUUUUAUUUUUUUGUAAGAAUUGCAUGGCAUUCAGCUAGUUAAAUCUGAAAGGGAAUCUGAAUGUUAUGGAAUGGAUUGAGAGCACAUCCUGUUUCCUUUAAGCAGGCAGACGUUGAGUAAGGAAUGUGGCAGAGAUUGCAAAGGGGGGCACUGCUGUGGUGAAGGAUUUUCUAUCCCCUGUAUUAUGAAGUAUAUGGCAGGGGCCAUUUUAGGAGACAGCAAGUUUUUUUUUUUUUUCCUCUACCCUUCUUCCUGUUAAUUGCUUAAAGAAAAUAUUGCCCCCCACCUCAGCAGUGUUUAUGAUAUUCAAUGUUUUCUCUCCCUCCCCCACUUCCUGCUCUUCUGCCAAGCUUUAUUCAUUGCAUCCCCCCUUUGACAGAAAGUACCAGCAGAGUGUUAAAAGCUGGGAAGUUUUCUGAGGUCCAUUGCAUUUUCAACACCUUAAGGACCCCCCCCCCAUGGGGACAUAUUCUACAUUGAGGUGUACUGUGUAAGACAUUGAGUUUGAUAUAUUUAGUUUGCUAAAAUUCUUGACUUUGAAGUAGCAUACACAUUGUAGCACUAACAUUUCACAAGCAUUGACCAUUUUUGUUUGUGUAUUUUCCCACUUUUGGAGUGUGGUAGUGAUACCAGUGAGGGAUGCAAAUGUUUGUUUUUAUGUUAUGGUAAAUAAAAGGUUGAAAUCUAAUUAGAAACGACUACAGUGGAUCAUUGUUUUUUAUUUCAUCAUUUCAUAAGGGCAACAAUAAUCUGAAUUGUAUAUGGGUUUAUAAAAAAAAAAAUGAUAUUUAGGAAUAGACAUUACAACAGCAAGAUUAUAAUAGUUUCUGCAGACUUAAUAAAGGGGGGUAGUCACAAACAAUUCCAUUAGUUUAAUAAAGAAGAUAUCACAAGAUAUUACUAUAACCUGUUUAAAUCUGAAAAGUAUAAACAAAGUUUAUUUACUUUAAAAAAAUUGUAUAUAUUUUAUUUUUUAUGCUGGGAUGAUAUGCCUUGAACUAUACUAAUGCUCAAAUGUGCAGAAAACACACGUUUAUUUGGGAUAAAGUACCUUUUUUGACAAGUUAUAAAUCUGAUUAUUAGUAAGCGAACUGUACAUAGUAACCUACUUUACGUUUUUCUACCUGCAAAAAAUAACAGAUGCACAGUGUUUGCUUAACGUCUUUUGAACAUUUUGUCUUCACCACCUGUUUGUGUUGCUGUUGUCUGUGUCUCCAGGCAAAAAACAAGCCAUUACUCCCCCUCCACCCCCUCAAUGUCCUAAUCUUAAAACCAGUAUGUCAGAAGUCAAGUAAAAUAAAGGUGAAGUGGCUAAAUUGGUGUGUGUGUUAGUAAAAUAUUUUACAGUAACCAGAGAGAGUAGGGGAUGUUUUUUUUGCCCAUAGACAUCUGUAUGCUCUCUAAUUGCGGAUGAGAUUACUACGGACUGUCCACCCCAGAUUUUCUUUGAUUCCUACACCGAUGAGUAUAACAUCAAUAUAUCAUAAAGGGAAUUUUAAACAAAAAUUGUCCCUGACAUAGCAGUUUCGCAGUUCUACAAUCUCCCAGAAUUCCUUGUCAGAUGCAAAUAAGCAUAGACCGUGUUGAAGCUCUCUUCAGAGUUCCAGUCCUCAUUCCUGUAGGUUCUGUUCACAAUGACCUGAUGUUCUUUGCUUCACCUUUUUAUGCCACUGUGUGGCAUUACAGCAUGUACCUGUGCCUUUUACUGGACAUUCCUUUUUAAAUAUGGAAAUUGCAAACACUAUUGAGAUUUUUAGUUGCAAUAAUAGUAAUGAUGAUUAUCAUGCAGCACAUGGAUAGCCAGAAAGUUUAAGCUUCACUUUAAUUUUCAAGUCAGUCCUGAGUCUCAGUGUUAUUGCUGCUCAUCUUAAUAUUUUUUACUCAUUUCAAAAUGCGUAGGACAAAAAAAUAGUAUAUAUAAAGUAUUUCUAAAAUAUCCUGUGCAUUCUCCCAUCAGUUCUAACAGAAUAAGUUACAUUAUGGUCAUACAAGUGUGCAACCUCUUCAAAGGAUAUUUUCCUCCUCUUUAACUUGGAUUCCGUCUACAAAUUGUCAUAGAAAUGUUUAUGAUAUAUUGUUUAUUGUAUGGAUUGAAUCUAUCUUGGGAGAGAGAACUUAAUUAUACUGACUUAGUGGGAUGCCAUUAUUGCAUUAUCUAUAUGAAUUUCUCUUCAAACUUAAUUCUUUUCUAUAAACCCAUACACUGUUAUUUUGUGCUAUAUCUUGGUAAAAUAAGUGUAAAACUCUAUGUGUACAAACUUGGGUUAUAAGGGACACGUCAUGGACUAUGUUUUCAAUUACUGCAAUAUCACAAGACACUUUCUUGUUCCUUCCUUUUUUUUCUUCUCGAUUUCAAUAUUCUUGUAGACAUGGAUACUGGUUAUAUUUUGCCACAACAGAGCAUUCCUUGGUUUCUUACAAUGUGAUCCUGGGGUGAAUGAGGACUGCUGGCUUAAACGUAGUCCUAAAAAGGACAAGAUGAAUGGAUGCGUCCACCUGACGUCUUGGAUAAGCAGCUAAGAUUUUUUUUUUUUGCCUUCUCUCUUCAGAAUGCAGUUCCCAAGUGAGCCUGCAGUGACUCAUAAAUGAAAACAGACUGUAUGGGAAACUAUACACUAAUAAAAUCGGGACAUUCCGUGAUGGGGGAAAAAUAAAAAUAAAACUUUUUAACACAUUCUGGAAGCAAUUGAAUUAAGGGAAAAAAAAAAAACCUGAAUAUGCAUCAGCUGAUUUGUUAUCCUAUUUCCACCUUCCUUUUCUGGUAUUCAUGGGUGGAUUUGCUUGAAGUUCUAGCUGUGCCUCCACAUGAGAUGAAGACAAAUAAUUCAUAUAGGCUUUGUUGAUAUUGUCUAAUCGAUAGGUUAAAUUGAGAACCAUUAGGCCUGCUCCAUUCAUGUGGGUGAAUGUAAGUUGUCUGGAUUCUGUAUAGGAAUAUGGUUGUUUUUCCCAUUGAUGCCCUUCCUGUUGUGUUUUUUUGGUAUCCUACCUCCUCUGGAUUGUAAGCUCGUUUGAACAUGGUUCUCAUCAACCUAUUCCUGUAACAUUUGUAAUUGUCUUAUUUAUUGUUAAAUUUCCCCCUUUAUAUCGAUGUAAAACGCUGCGGAAUAAGAUAAAUACUAAUAAUAAUAAUUUAACAUGUGGUUCGUAUGUUAGUAAUCCAGUUGGGAGGGAAGCUCAUGAGGCCAUAUAUGGCAUAUAAGUCACACAAUGAGGCCAAGAAAAACAUGUCUUGGUAUUUAUCUAGGUGGCUGAAUACUGGGGGAUGGUGUAUUCCAGCUGGGUAUAACUGAGAUAACAAAAUGUGUGAUGGGGGUUCUGGUUGUUUUAAGAGGAAGCAUUGUCUGUUUCACUGGAGUAAUCAGAGCUUUGAAGCAUAUUGUACGCUUUAUUAGGAAAUCUUUCCCUGGUCCCAGGGCUUCAAAACAUUCAAAAGAAUAGCUGCUCUGUUAAAUGAUGUGCAAAAGCUCUUCUCAUCUGUUUAUUUCUCUAAAGUAAAAUGGUAGUCAGCAGUGGUGGAAUUGCGCAGUUUAACAGUCUGCGUUUUGUAGUAUAAUGCGCACACCACUGGCAUUUACAGGGUUAAGACAAAUAGCUCAGUUUCAGUAUUUUUAGUAUUCAGCAUCUCUUUCUGUGCCUAUAACAACCACUGUUGCGAGCAAAAGCACACUUGUGCGCAAACAUGUCUGCAUUAUAAACACAUACGGCUUGCGUGUUAACACGAUGUGCGGCUUUUAAGUAUCUCUGUACUGGAUGACAGGUGAAUUAAGGUCAGGUAACAGGGCCAGCUAAGUGGACUGCUAUUCCCACUAUGCUUCACCAAACAAAGCUGAAUUAUUAAUAGUCUUAACACAGCUGUAACUCAACUGCUGCUCCCAUCAUAUUACCUCUGACCGAGACAGAGCCAUGUCGUCGCCAUGUCGUCAUUGUGCUUUACCACUGUUUGGUGAAACUGCCUGUUCAUGCAGAAAAUAGUCUCCCGAUAUUAUCCUUUUUUAUAUGUAUAAUUUGCAUUUAACUAUAUAAUGGGAGUUGUACUACUUGAUGUCUUUAUAGAUCUUCAACAGAGGCUAAUGGCAGAGGGCCUUCUUAAAUCUUUUUCAGAAAGCAUUGUUGUCAUUGUCAACUUAAAAUUUCAAACCUGUUUUGUGUCUUAUCUACGAUUCUAUUACCUUUAGGUUGUUAGCACACAUGUCCUCUAGCUAAGCACUUUGUAUAAAACCACUGCAAAUUACUCAAUCAUAUAGUUUCCAUGCAGUGUCCUCUGUUCAUUUUGUGUCUGUAUUUGUUUGGAUUAAUUGUAUCAUUGUUUGUCUGUAUUCCCCAAAUGUACACUGCUCCAGAAUAUGUUGGCGCUAUAUAAAUAAUACUCUGUAGUGCUUUAGAAUAUUAAAAGUUCAAAUGAAAGUAUGAGUAAUUACUACUUCUUUUUUGUGUUAGAUGUAUGUUCAAACACAAAUUCAACCUUUUAUGUAUUUGUACUGAGCUACUAUUUAAUGAUUGGAGCUUGCCGGCCGGAUCCCCUACUCCUUUAGUAUCAGUGUGUUUGAUAAUAUAUUCUUCUGUCUGUAAGCCUACCUAUGUUCUUUUUGCUUAAUUUGUAAACUGCUUUGGAUUAGAGAAGAUAAAAUAAUGAAAAUGUCCUUUAUUUAAAGGGGACCUAUCAUCCCCCAAACAACCUAUGCUCAUUAGAUUGAGCAUAAUAUUUUAUCUAUACAUUGUGCUAGCAGUCAAUGCCUCGUUGAGUCUAGGAAUGGAGUGACAUCACUAUGUUGCAACGUCAGCACUCUGACAAUGAAGCCAGCGUGCCAACAUCAACAUUGUGCCAAGCAGGGCAAAUCAAAUUAGGCUGUGGGGGGAGAGCAGGCCGAGCGGGGGAGGCACAGAGGUAAAAAAUUAGCAAAUCUUUCUAUUUUACAUUGAAUACACCAUGUAUCUUUGUGUUAUAUGGUGUAUUCAAUAUACAUGGGAUCAAUUUAAGGUAAGUUCAUUUUUUUUUUUCAUAACAGGUUCACUAUAAAUAAUGUUUUUCUAUUCAGUCUUCUGGUAUCAUCCCUUUAAUGCUACGUCAGCUUUUCACAAUAUAAAUUGAGUUAAAUCACACUCUUUUAGCAAUACUAGCGAAUUACACCUCCCAGACAUGGAGGUAUCAUCAAGGUGGAGAUUUCAUUCUGGCAUAUUUUGCAAUAACUUCCCAAAACUCCCAUCCAGAUACCAUGGUAUGGACAUUCCCAUUGACAAGAUCAUGAAUGGGGGCAGUGUUCACCUGAUGGCAAGGAGUCAAAUACAUAUUGCUUGGAGUGACCAUUAUUAAAGGACUACGAAAGGCACUCCGACCACUUCAACUCAAUGCAGUAGUCAGUUUCAUUUUACUUUUCAAUUUAAAGCAUUUCAAUUUAAUAAAUACAAAAUUCAGGGUGCGCAAUAACUACCAAUACACAGUGAAUUAUACUUAUAACAGCAAAUUCCUGAUGGUACAUUUGAUAAACCUCUGAUCACCCUGAAAAACAGAGAUGUUCACAAAGCAUAAUACUGUUUUGUAAUGCAGAACUGAUAAUAAACAGAGGUAAUGGGUCACUCACACUUUGCAGAGCCACAUAUAGCAGACUAUAACUCUGGCUGUGUUGGCUUUUCAAUAAAUGAAGCUGUUUUGAUGCAGAACCUCUAACUCCUUAUCCCACUCUUAAUAACUUAUGUCUCGCUAUCUAAAGGUGAUCACGUCUCCAUGUCACCCUUUUUUUCCAAGGUGUAAAUAUCACUUUUAAUGUUUAGUCCUCCCCCCUAUUUUUUUUUAAUAUACUAUUUAUUUUUAUUUCCAACGCAUAAGGAUCUAGAAUUACAUUUUGAGUGAAGAAGAGCAGUUUAUUAUUUCAACACAUCCUGAAAAAAGGUUUUCAAAGGGAACUUUUGUGAUGAAGUAUGAGGUCAGCUUUGAUAAACAUUCCCUGAAAACCUCUGUCUGUAAACACAUUCUUUGAGUACAAGAGCACCUCUAUUUUAGAAACACACAUGAGAAGCCCUGUAUGAACAGAUGUUUUAAAAUUCCUUUUCAACAGCGCUGUCUGCAGUAAUAUUUCCAACAUGUUUUUUUUUUUGCAUUCAGUCUUGAAAGCAGGAAAGGAUUUUUUUUUCCCUUUUAAAUUAAAAAAAAAAAACAAAAAAAAAAAACUUGCAUUUGAAAUAAAGAAGCAAUGCCAAAUCCAUUUUUGAUGUGAAAUCUCAGCUGUUGUCAUUUAUUUAUAAAAUGCCAAUGUUUUCUGCAAUGUGUGUACAAUAACUAAACUUAAAAUGAUGAAUUAAAUAAAGCACAUAUGGCAAAAUGUGAUGAUGGCCCUUGUCAAAAUAACUGUUUAAAUUGCAGUGGAUUUGCUUGGAACCAAAUUAGCAGAGCGACUCGUGCGUUAAUGAUUUUGGCCCUAAAUAAUUAGAAUUUAUCCAAUUAUAAUAAAUACCUUUUCACCCCAGCAAUGCCUGUAGACUGUAUGAAUAAAGUAACGCAUCACUCAGAGUUAUUACCAUAAGUAAGAAUCGCUGGGAAUUCAAAGUGGAUGUAACAUUUCAGGCCAAAGAAGUCAAACUGGAAGCAUAACUGAUUUGGAGAAUUUUUCCUAUUUGGUUGCUUUGGUCUUAAAUGUAAAAAUUCACUUUGAAUUACUGGUAAUUUCUCACUUUAGUGAAUAGACUUGUGGAUCUUACUUUGUCACACUGACAUGGCACUAAUGUACCUGGUUGGUGCAUUCACAACAAGACUUGGUAGUGCGUUAUGCAUUUUUUUUUAUUUUUAUUUAAGGGACCUGAGGAGUCCAGGUCCCUUUCAUUCUUGGAAAUGCAGUUUCGCUUAUUGUUAUAGGAGUUCUUGUGACCGCUCUGCCUUUUUAACAGCAUUAUUGUGGCCGUGAGUCGCAUAGCAGCUCUGUUUAACAACACAUAAUAAUCUAAACACAGCAUUCCUUUGGCCAUCACACUAUGUAUAGACCAAGGUAUUAUUUAAAACUGUAACUAAUUAGCCUGACCACCACAGACUGAUCACCAUUCCUUUCCGUGUAACUUUUAUAUUUAGCAAUGAAGCAGAAACUGUAGAGUAAAAUGUUAAAGGACCACUAUAGUGCCAGGAAAACAUACUAGUUUUCCUGGCACUAUAGUGUCCUGAGGGUGCCCCCACCCUCAGGGUCCCCCUCCCGCCCGGCUCUGGAAGGGGGAACGGGGUAAAAACUUACCUUUUUCCAGCGCUGGGCGGGGAGCUCUCCUCCUCCGAUCCUCCUCUUCUCCUCCCAUGCGGCUGAAUCCGCACACGCGGCAAGAGUUGCGCGCGCAUUCAGCCGGUCACAUAGGAAAGCAUUAUCACUAGAGGAAUUGGGGGAAGACUUAACCCAUUCAUAAACAUAGCAGUUUCUCUGAAACUACUAUGUUUAUAAAAGAAUGGGUUAAGCCUAGCUGGACCUGGCACCCAGACCACUUCAUUAAGCUGAAGUGGUCUGGGUGCCUAGAGUGGUCCUUUAACUUGGGACAUUUGCAAAAUUACGGUUAUUUUAAUGCAUUAUAUAAAGUUUCUUUUGUUUUCUUUUCCCUAUUCUUUUUUAAUAGAUCUACAUAUACUAUUUAAGUGUACUUGACAUUUUUUUCCGCUUUUUAGAACAAGCAACUUAAAAUUUACAACUUUCCUUUGUCUCUAACAUUGAAAAACACUCUGUUUGGUCUAUUUACUCCAUGUCAUUACUGUGGAAAUGUAAACUUAAAAAAAAAAAAAGUUAAAAAAAAAAGUUAAAAUGUGAGAACUUUAACCCAUUAAGGACACAUGACACGUGUGGCAUGUCAUGAUUCCCUUUUAUUCCAGAAGUUUGGUGGUUAAGGGGUUAAAGGAACUCUAUAGUAGUCAAAACAACUUUAGCUUAAUUAAGCCGUUUUAGUGUAUAGAUCGUGCCCUGCAGUCUCAAUGCCCAAUUCUCUGCCAUUUAGGAGUUAAAUCAGAUUUGUUUCUGUUUAUGCAGCCCUAGACAUACCUCCCCCUGGAUGUGACUCACACAGCCUGCAUGAAAAACUGGUUAAUUUUCAAUCCGAUAUUAACUUGCUUUACAAGUUAUCAUCUCCUGAACUUUAAUUACACAAAAAAGACUCCAGUAGGGUUUAGAAGACUAUUAGCAGAGCAGGAGAUAAGAAAUCCUAAAUUAAACAGAAUGUGUAAUAAAGGAAGUUUAAACAUUAGAUCUCUUUUUACAGGAAGUUUUUAAGAAGGCUGUGUAAGUCACAUGCAGGGAGGUGUGACUAAGGCUAUAUAAACAAAGUGAUUUAUCUCCUAAAUAGCAGAUAAUUAAAGGGACAUUAGACAUUAUAGGCACCCAGACCACUUCAUCUCUUUGAAGUGAUCUGGUGCAGUCUCCCUGUCCCCUUAACCCUGCAAUGUAAAACAAUGCAGUUUUACAGUGUUAGGAUUGCCUCUAGGGGCUGUGUGCCAGAUCAUCGCUAGAGUGGGCUACCUACUGUUUCACUGACUUUAACUAGUGAACCUUUAUGCAGUGAGACUGCAGGGAUUUUUACACCAAAAUUGCUUCAUUAAGUGAAUGUUGUUUUGAUGCCUAUAGUGUCCCUUUAAGUAACAGUUGUGGAUUAUGUUGUCCUAAGCUAUAUCUGUCAGGCCAGAUAUAGGCCUUUCCCAUGUUAUAGAGUUUUAGAGGAUGUUUGACAUCAUCAUUCAAAGCACCUGGUAGCAUUGUAAUAUAAACAUUGCAGUUUCUCUAAAACUGUCCCGACACUGCGCCAAGACCACUUUAAUGAGAUAAAGUGGCCUGGGUGCCUAUAGUGUCCCUUUAAAGACAGUGAGAAUAUACAUUGUGAACACACAGUUGAUAAAUUAACUGUCACACAUAGCACGAGUCAUGUAUUAAUGUUUACAUCUACAUUCUGGUUAAAAAGAUUUAUGAAGAUUUUGAGAUGCAAACAAUUUGCAUCACUGUUUAAAGGCAUUGUGCACAGAACAACAACACAAGUUCUAUUUUGCCUCAAUCUUGCCCUGCAUACCCCAUAUAGUCUUGGUUAUUAUUAUUAUUAUUAUUAUUGAGAGCAAAGCAUUCUAGGACGGAUUACAGGAAGGUGCAGGAUUCUGAGCCAGAGAUCAUAGAAUUCCUGAUUCAGUUUACUUGUUUCAAUAUUUACAAAUCUAUAUAUUUGCUAGAUGUUUGGCUAUCAUAGGGAACUUAUAUAUUCCUUAGAGUAUUAAAAAGUGACUCAUGUUAUGCAUAACAAUUUUUAUUUUUUUUUAUUGUAUUUUUUUUGACAAGAUCAUGAGACACCAGGAUAAUAUAGUUUCAUCAUCUUCAUUUUUUAACAUUUUUUUUUUAUUUAUUUUUUGUGAAAUUUAUUUCCCUAAAACAAACCUUCCUGCCAACAGACAACACUGAUAAUUUAAAAUAUUCAUUCAAGUAAUCUUUUAUAUUCAAUUUUAUUUGCAGUACAUUUGGUCAUGUUGGCAGGUACAACGUUUGAAAAAUCAAGCCGAUUGUAAAUUUACUGCAUUAAUGAAAUUAUAAAUCUGUAGAAAAAAAAAAUAUUGAUCUGCAGUUAGAAAUGUUUUUUUUUUUUUUUUUAUUGAGCUUGAAAUGACAAAGUACAGCAUAAACACAGUUAUUGUAGAGGGAAGAAGGGCAGACUAUCAAAGUUCUAUUCCAGAUUUACUGUUGAUUGACUGGGUUGCAAGUGGACAUAGUUUCUAUAGUUCCGAAGGAACGUCAGUCUCGUCAGUUUAUAUGUUAUUAAUUACUUUAUCUUUUUCUACCCAUGAUAUUUAAUGCAUGUAAUGUAUUUUUACCCUUUUUCUAUGAACCAUUUAUCACACCUAAAGUUCAUCGCAGGCUUUUUUAUUUUUUAUUUUAAUUUGUUGAUAUGUUUUGCUCAGUGUUUUUUGUGAUGCUCUGCCUUAUUUUUUUUUUAUUUUUUUUUUUAUCUGUGUAUUUGUUCCUUCCCUGAAUGACAAAUAAACAGUUACAGUUUGUUAUAAUGAUGUUGCUCUGGCUCAUUGAGGUGGUUUUAGUGGCUGUGUCGUUCAUGUAAGUUGGUUGGACUUUCAUCUUACAUAUACUUAAUAUAAGUAGUAGGAUUCACUUUUUUUAAAAAAAAAACUUUUUUUUUUAUUAUAUUUUCCUAAUUGUUCAGCUGACACACUUAUUAUGCAUGAUGAUUACAUCUAGUAGAAAAGAAUGAAAAAAGCAAACAUAUAUUGAACAUUUGGUAUGUUGAACAUUUAUACCAUCCUGUGACCGUCCCCAGAUUGUGGAUGUAUUUGCACCUGAAAUAUUGGGCAUACUAAGUCCUCGGAAUCGUUUAUUUAGAAAACCUGUUUGAUUGCCCAACAGUAUAUUUUUUAUGUAAUAUUUCUCUUUCAUUAUUCCAUAGUUUUUUGUUGUUGUUGGUUUUUUUUCUAUCACAAAGGUCUUAUUAUUAGAAGAGUAUUUUGUCCCUUCCCUACUGGAAUUGGUAAUGCGAGUAUAUUUUUUAUUUGAUUUUAAUAGCACCAACCUUUUAUAUUGCUUGAUUUUGGAGCGUUAACCAAUCUUUUAGAGAGUGUGGUUAUCCCAAUUUUUAAUUAUAGGCAUUUUUUCCUCACUUACAAGUAAGUGUUUAAAAUAACUAUCACACUGUUUUGCACUAUUGAUUGAGUGUGGUAAAAUUGAACUUUCCUUAGACUUGUGUGAACCUGGCCCUCAUAGCCUCUUUACGGUUAUGGUUUAGCAAGUUUGUCUGUUUUGUGACCACUGUGUAUUGUUGCAGAAUGUGUUGAUGCUUAAUAAAUACAUUGCUGAUAGUUUGCAUAGUCUUAAUUACCAUCCAAUUCCUUCAAUUGUAACUCUCGUAGCUGAGUUCUGGGUUCUUAAAUCUAGUAUUAUCUGUGUUGGAUAAACUUCAUUCCAUUGGAAUUUUGUAUUGACAUUUCUAUUAGUGUGUUUUAUUUUUGAGUUUUAAAUUUACUUAUGUGGCGGGAUGGGGUUUAAACAUCCUGCUCACUGAAACCCAAUAACCAUUUCAGUUUGUGUUUAAUAAUAAAGUGGAUUGUGUUUGGCAACAAUUUAAUUGGAUAUCCCAAGAGUGUAUGAGAGAGCUAUAUAUCAUAUACCCGUGUGUAUGUGUGUGUAUAUUUAUACACACAUGGAAAAGUAAAUACAAUUAUAUAGAUGUAUAUGUCUAUUUAUACCACAUUCAUCUCUCUUCUACAGAAUUUCAUUUUUAUUUCAUCACAAUUGUCAUUGUUUUGCUAAAGGCUUUCGAUUUUUUACCAAGUCUUGUAUAGUUUUGUGCCUUAAGUUUCACAGUGAAUUGUUUUAAUGUACCAUUAAUGCAGUGUUUAUGAAAUUCUUCAAGCCUGCAGCUUUCUUAUGAAUAUUUCAUAAACUAUAUAAUCCUACUGUCAAAAUUCUCAUAUUCUAAAACUUGCCAUGUCUGAAUACUUAUCCCUUUUAUAGUUAUGCAAUUCACACUGCAUGUCAUUCUGCUGUACUAAUUGCACUGUGGAUAAUAUUUAACUGCCAUUUGUUAAUAAAGUGUUUCAUUUGCUGAGUUACAGAACUGCUAUUGGCAGCCACCAGGUGUUCCCAGUUCUAGGAUUCUUACGUAGAAGGCCAUGAACUUGUGAAUUAUCUCUACAGAGUAAUGUUUUGGAAACUAAACUCACUGUCUGAAUAAGAGGCCAUGAACUUGUGAAUCUUCUUUACAGAUUAAUGUUUUGAAAUCUAAACUCACCACCAUUACCCUACAAUUCCUUAGCAAGUGGGACUCUGCUAAGGUUAUGGUACAAUGUGCUGACCACUUGUUAAAUACUACACAAUAGAAAGUUGGACAACACCUACAUCUUGAGUGGUUUAAUGGUUUUGUGGCAGUUUCAAGAGAUACGUGGUUACCUCAAAUUGACAUUUUAUUUUAAUAGAACCUCAAUUAAAUGGACCUUAAUCUGGUGAAAGAAUUAGUGUUUUUGGCAAAAUGCAAAUUUGCAGAGGACUGUAAACAAAGAUGGCACCAAGUGAACUUGAGAUGAUUACAACACCUUUUUUUUGUAUACAAUUUAAUAUGGUUUAUCCAUUGUUCACACUGUAUUGUAGGCCUUUGUUACAGGCUUAAGUAAGUGCACAUUUUAUUAUGUUUAAUCAGAAUGCAUAGCAGGAAAAACUACUGCUUUUUACUGUACCCCCAAAAGUACCACAUCCACCUCCUCCCUUAGGAGGUUGCCUCAUGUGGUCGCUGGUGGUUCUUGGUGAAUAGAGACUUUCUGUACGUGAAGAACAAAGAGUUUGUGAUUUGUGUGGAACUUUUUUAUUUUUACUUUUUCUUUACAUUACUUACUUUUUUAUUUAUUUUAUAAACAGGUCUACAAAUUGCUUUUAGGACUAAAAGAGUACACUUGCUUUUAGCACUAAAAGAGGACACUUGGUAGUGUUCUGUACCCCAUGUAGCAUAGUAUUAGUAAAGUGACUUACUAGAAGGGGAAAGAAACACUUUGUUAGAGAGGAAUAGUAUCCCUUAUCCCAGUAGAAUGGUAGAAUUUUGAAGCGUUGAAAAAACUGCUUCAGUACAUUUUCCACCUAUGUAUUUUGUCAUUAAUAUAGAAAAAUAUAUAAAUAUCCAUCAACCACAGGGAGCAAAGGUGAACUGCCAAUGGCUUAAUACAUAAACUCGCUAACACUGCCCCAACAAAGGGAAACUUAACUGGCUAAAGUAGAAAACAAAUGACUGCUUACGUGGCUUUAGCAGUUCAUGGAUUGUCUGUCAAACUCCAAACUCCAAUAAUUGGGAAAACUCCUCCUAUAACAUUCUUGAACUAGUGGAAUUACCUUUUUUUUUCCAGAGAAAAGACCAAAAACUCACUUUUUAUGUACUGGUUAUUGGUGAAGUAAUAAAGGGAAAGUCCUCUUUAAAGGUAGUCUGCCCUCAUUGCCGUUCCAUCACCGAGUCCACAUUCUACUUGCAGUCUGAUACUCCUUGCUGGACAUCACUCUCCCUUGAUGCAUAUACAGGCUUCAGGCGCCACGACAGCUUCAAAUUAAUGGAGUGGUCAUGGUGCUUGCACUAUUCUAUUAAUACCCGCUAUUUGGUUUGUCUAUAUCCUACUUGCAUUACCUGGACUGCGUUCAAAAUUCAGUUUCUCACAUUCACUCGGCAAACUGUUUCAUUGUACCCGUUUGAGGUUUUCUUUCAUUAAUUUGUUUUAAUAACAUUACAAAAAAGAAAAAACAAUUGCGGGAGCUGAGUGUUUUGCUGUGUGUGUGUGUCUGAAUCUCUAAACUAGAAAAAUCUACUUAACCAGUAUUACCCAGAAAGCCCAGAGUUUGCCUUGAACGGCCACUAGGGAGGGCAAGCGUGUUUUUUAGUGUUCAAAACUUUACUGCAUUUCAAUGUUUUUGUUUAUUUGCUUUUUGGUUGAAUGUAAAACUUGUAUCCUCACAAUCGUAUAUGUCAUAUAAAGCUUAGAAAAGAAACUUUGAAAACUAUUUAUUCUGGUUUAUGUGUUUGGUUUCUUUAAUUUUUCUUCUUCUAAAUCCAAUAGUUUGCCUUUUUUAUAUAUGUUCUUUUUUUUUUUUUUUACUUAUUAGAAUUAUCCAGUAACCUGGAAGUUAAAUGGAAAGAAAUCUUAUUUUAUUUUUUUAUUCAUUGUCUGAGUUUAAAUCGCUGACAAAGACCUCUUAGUAGGUCGAAACGUUGCUGCUGUUUUUUGUUCUAUUAAAACUUGAACACCGCGAGUGCCUGGAGAUUUUCUUUGUUGCCUUAAGUUCAUUUAAUUCCUUAGCCAACUCCUGGUGUAAUAAAUAAUCUUGUAUUAAAAAAAAAGUAUCAUUUAAUUUAAAGUCAUCUUAAUAGAAAUUAAAACUUACAAAUCACUACCCCUGAUAUUGUCUCUGGGUUCUGUGUGUGCGCGCAAACAAACAAAAAACUAAAAUAUUGACAUAUUAGAUAUUAAUGUAUAUUUGUACAGAUGAAGCAUAGUGGGAAUCUUCAAAUGAUUUUUCUAAAUAUUUAAAUAUCAAAAUAAAUAUGCCAUAUUGAAAAAAACAAUAAAUAUAUUUAAAAAGUUUUUAAAAUCUUAAAACAUUUGAAACCCUUAUCUAACAAUAUUACUUUGCGACCUUAGUCUGAGUUUUUGCAGAAUUAUGCCACCUUGAUCUUUUUAAAUCCACCAAGUUAAAAUGCCAAAUUAGAGGGUAAAAACACAUGAAAAGAAAAAAAUUCUGCUUUGAGUGGGAAUUUCCAUAUAGAAAUUAAAGCAAAAAGUGCGUGUUUAGCUAUUCUCAGUAUCACUCACAUUAGACUGUAUCACUCACAUUAGACUGUAAAAUGAAAACCAAGCACAUCAUUUGAGAACAUAUUUGUAUUUCUUUCAUGGAAACUUGACGCUCCAGAAGCACUACAUAUUAAUGUAGCGGUACUGGGGCAAUAAGACUGCGGUUGCAGACUCAGCAGUGUGCGCAUUGCCUUUUCUGUUACACCAAAGGUUUAGAUUAUCAGGUAACCCUUAAUUAAGUUAGAUAAAGUAUUUUACUACAUUAUAUCCUCCAGUGACCAGCCAGCAGAGAAGGGGCAACUGCUGUGAGCUUAGAGUGCCGGGUAUAUAAAAAAAAGUAGCCUGCUUUUAUUUAAUUUAAUUAAGAUGGAGGCUAAUAAUCUAAAUAUGUAGAAUAACACUUUAGAAUUUGAAAUACGUUUGCAUUCCUAACUCUAGAAUGUUCCUUUUAAUGUGUGUUUUACUUUGUGUACCUUUUGUAUUCUUUGAAUACAGACCACAUUGACAUUUACUCUUAUUCACCAAAUAAAAAGAGGCUAGGCCAAUUAGUUCACCUUUUAUUUUAGCAGUUUUUGUCGUUGACUUGUACAUUGCAGGUGCUUCUCUCUGAUUCUAGAUGCGAAGACUGUGGUCAUGAUUAGUUCUACUUAGCUUCUUACUAUAUUAUGCAGUAAUUGGCUUUCUGUGUACAGAGUAAUUACCAGUUCAAACAAUGUUUCCCUUGGAUAUAAGUCUUAUUUACUAUCGCCCUAUAUGUUGAAACUUGUCAUUGAUGGAAAAUUGCACCCCAAAAUGCUAUUUAUUAAAUAAUGUAACUUUAGUGCAAUGCUAAUAGUAAAAGUUAGGGAUGUAAAAGUUUAUUUUUUAUUUUAUUUUUUUAUGUAAUCCUAACUAUUAUGCCUUGUGAGACCAGAUAUAUUGUCCAGAUGCUAAGCUUUUCUCUAAAAAUGAAAUGAAAAAGUUUAAAGUAAUGCAUGCUGGGAUAUAUCAGACCCCAGCAUGUGAUUGGAGACCUGAUCGGCUCCCUCAUAGUGAGAAACAAGAUUGAGUCUCUCCAGCACCAUUAAAGAAAUAAAAUUUUAAAACAAUGUAGAGCCAGUAGGCCUAUUACUUCUAUGGAAGGCCUGGAGUAUGGCUUCUUAUCUUCCUACUUCUUGGUACAUACAGAGAGUUUUUCUGGGCAAAAGGUUACUUAAGAAAGUCAAAAACAAUAAAAUUGGCUCAUAGUGUGCACCAUAUUCUCAUAUAAUAAAUUUUAAGGACGACUUACCGAACGUUCGUGAGAGAUGCCAAAUGAAGAGGUCAUAAAAAAUACCUGAAACAUAUUUGAAAAAAUGCAUGUGACACCGUGAUCUUAAGAAAUAAAAAGCUUUAUUGGCAUUUAGGAGACCGGCACAUAGGAAGAACCAUGUAGAAACCUUACACGUUUCGGUACUUCGCAUUCCUUACUCAUAAGAUUCCUAUUGUGAAUAGUAACGGGUGCACACAUUUGUUUUAUGUGAACAAUAUUUGUAUAUUUUACUGUUGAGCCUGCAAAAGAAAAAAAGUAAAUGUACUGUACUUUUAUGUUUUGUUAUUACAAUAUAUCUGUAACAUAAUGUGAUCUAUAAAGUGAUAACAUGACAUAUCGCAGUUUAGGUGUUCUUUAGUGGCCAUUUAUAGGACUCCUUUAUCAAAUAGUGCACAAAAUAAUAUCCGUGUGACCUUUUUCUGAUCCAUAAUUUACUAUUUUAGUUUGAAAAUCUCUGACCAAGCAGCCUUUGCCAAGUAACUUAGAAUGGCCAGGUAUACAAUAAUGAUUGAUUUUAGUGCAGUUACUAUUUUUUUUUUUUUUUUUUUCCUUCUCACUCUAAAUGUUAAGUACCAGGUAACAAUCGUUUGCUAAAGAUUUCCUUUUGUGACUUUUGUAGUGAAAAGAAAAGCUGUUGUGAUUUUUAGAUGUCAGAUGGGCGUGCUGAGCAUUGGAAUGCUGAACAGACUUUCGGCUAUGAAAGAGGAUAAUAAUGAGGCAUUGUCAGGAUUUUUUAUUUUUUUUGCCUUCAACCCGCGACCUUCCCUACCUUCAUUCAUGCACUAGACCACAUAAGGGAAAGCUUUUUCUUGGCAAAAUAUAUUUUUAGAACAGAAUCCAAAACUUUUUGUGAAUGUACCACCUACACUUUAACACUUCAAAUUCAAGCAGAUGUCCAUUAUUCAAUUGCCCCAGAAAGGGUUAAAAUAGAUGUGUAUAAAAUGACAGUAUGUGUAUGUGUUAUAUUUUCUGUGUGUUUGCUCAAUUUAAAGGAACACAAACAUGUAUUCCUAACUCUGUAGUAUUCUCAUCAUUAUUUAGAUGUUUGCGCACUCCCAAUGGUUAAUAGGAAACCAUAGAUUUUAUAUCCAGCGGCGCAGUGUCCUCGCCACUGUUACCCUGUCUUCUCAGCUGAGAUCAGCCUUGAUGUCAUUGGCUGAGAGCAAUCUUCCUAAGAAGUAGGGAAUCAGUGCCCAUAGACCCCAGUUAAGAAGUCAAACCGUUCUAAAACCAUUUGAUUACUUACAAUAGCGUGGGGAUGCCAGGGAGCUCCUGGCACUAUAACCACUGUGGCACACCAUAACUACUACAGAACGCUUUUCUGUUAACAGCUUGUUUUUUUUUUGUUUUUUGAAAGAAUGUGUAAACAUGCUGUAAAACAAUAACCCCCAAUUUUGAAUGCAUGAUAUAGAUAUUUAAUGCAUAUAUACUGCAUUGAGAGUUUGGACAUAACUAAUCGGGCAGCCUGGAAGUGAGCAUUCUGUGUGUCUGACUGACAGCUCCGGUGGAAUCUCUCAUAGAUGUAGCAAUUUUUUACAGAGUACUAUUAGCACUAUUAUCUUCCCAGUUGUGCAAAAUUGUUUAUGGUGCUUUGAAAAAUGUUUAAAAAAAUAAUUCAAAUAUUAUCCUUUUCUGAACCAUUUUUCUAGAAAUCUCUCAAUGUGCGAAAAAUGUUUGAAAUAUGUGGAUAAGAGAAUAUUUAUCCCUAGUUGCCUAUUAAUCCCCAUAAAUAAUGUAUCAUUUCCUCACUCUAGAAUUGCUGCAUCAUAAUUUGCAUGUGUGGCUUAUUUCCUCCCUUCCCACUUGAGAGCUGACGAGGUAACUCAUGGAUAAAUAAUGAAUCUUCAAUUUCUGUGCUAAUCGUGUAUUAGGUUACAGCUUCCUGUUGGUGGAAAUAGUGAAAUGUAUUUGAAACGAAUCCACUGUUCUCUGUGAGUUGAUAUUAUUGUUAUUAUUGUUAAUAUUUUUUUUUAGGAAUGUCAGACACCUGCCCAAGUGAAGGGAAAAAAAACUAAAUUGAUCUUUCAUUUAAUUGUUGAAAUGGAAAUGUAGACCUUAUGUUAGAAAGACUAUUGUUUGGAUUUCCUUAAAGGAACACGUCUAUGUUAAAAACUGAGCUAUAUUUCGUGUUAAUAUUUGAAGUAUUCCUUUAACCCUGUGAAUGCAGGCUCCCCGCAUACACCAAAAAUAACUCAAUAAAGUUAAUAAAGUUAACUUACCUUUUCCAGUGGUGAGUCCUCUUUUUCUGCAGCCACACUCCACCCCUGCAAGGCUGUUAGUGACGAUUAUUUCCUUCGCCACCUGCACAAAAUUGGCAAGUAAGUGUCAAUUGAUGUGAAUUGGCCAAUCAAAUACGUCGAUUUCCUAAUAGAAUUCUUCUAAUAGGAACAUAUUAACCUAAGGCUUCCUUUUGGAAACUCUAAGUUCCUCUUCAACAACUGUUCAUAUUGAUUGAACCAGAAUAUCCAUCAGGUUGACUGCCAGGGUGUGUUUUAAAAUUAAUUCAUAAACUUUGAAAUUGGUGAUUUUAUGAUUUGGGGGCAAGGAGAGCAUGCAAUAGGCUGGAAUGCUUUAGGUGUCUGGCGUGUCUCUUAAAUGUUCAGGUGAUGGUUUCCCUUCAAGUAUGCUACAGUGCAAAUCCAUUCACGCUUCUAACUUGGUCUGUCAUGGCCAAAUAAAAAGCUUGCUAUUUUGGCAAGAAAAAUGAAUUUGCAAAAAAAAAAAAUGCAAUCAGAGAAAUGCUAAGCCUGUGAUUAACUGGUUUAUAGUUCAUCCUUGCAAGCUUUGCUGUAGGUAUUCUUCUUUAACAAAAAACGCAAAUUGAGCCUUGUACAUAUGCAGUCAUUGUGCAGUAGAUGAUGGCAUAAUCUGGGCAACUAAAUGUGUUCGCAUAUGUAUUUAUUUUGAGGUUGUUAAUACACAUGGAGAUUGGAAAUACUACAUAACAUGGAAAAAUAAUUAAAAUCAUUAGUACACUCCCAAAUGUCAGGGAUAGAAGCGUAGUGAACCUCAAACUUUUUAUCCUUCGUUACCACGUGAGCAUUUAAGCAUUCUUACUUGGAACACAGGUGUCUUUCCUUGGCCUGACCGCUAUUAUUAGAAUACAUUUCCCAGAAUCCUUUUCCAGCUGUACUGUUGGGUUUUAGUAUGUGUUACAAGUUACAUUACAUUUGUGAGAUGUUGCUAGAUGUAUUACAAGUAAAAAGGGGAUUAUAGUACAGUAUAUUUCCAGUUUAGAAUCUCUGCACAUUAAGUUCAUGGAGCAGCAGGAAUAUCUCAACUUCCUAUUACUGAUGUGAUGUUUAAAAAAAAAUACAAAAUAUGUAAAGAUUUAACUUUUCAAGUAAAGAUUGUAAACAUAAUUUUCUAUCCAUGUUGUACUUAAAUAAACCCAAGAUUAUACACAUUUAUUUUUAGCAUGCAGACGUUUAUGCCUGACUUUGAGAGAUUGUCAGGUCACUUUCUUCUGCUCCCAGAACAUUUAAUUUGCUAAAAAUAGCUCUACUAUUUAAAGAAGCAAGACUUCUGCGUAACCACCUUUAUUUGAAGGCACAUGGUCUACUAGUUACAUAUAGCUCACACGGUUUUUAAAGGUCAGCGAAAGUCUCAGUGUUUUAGUCACUAAACAGCGAUUUGUCGAGCGUUGACUAAUGAAUUGAAAUUUUUAGGAUAGAGCAGGUGUGGAGAAGUUGUUCACAAACUGAUUAUAUUGGUGUAUAUUUUAUAAAUCUCUAGCCCUUAACCUUUAAGUAACAUGGAACGUGUAACUACAUCCUUGCCCUCCAGGACAUAUAUGAAAAUAUGUCUCAAAGUAUUCCUUCUAGAAAACCAGUUUAUAAACUAAACAGAACAUUAACAAAAUCUUCACUACGUAUUACUUUACUUUCUUGUUUAUAUCAGUGGGGUUUGAGGUGAUGGGGUGCAUUUGUAUAUAAAUAAACGGCAGAAGGCUUAUUUCUGGACCUAACACUACAGAAGUAGUAAUGUAUUUCUUUAUCUACAUUGCUUUCUUAAUUUGCCAGUUCUGAAAAGAUGGGGAAAAAAUAUAUAGUGUCAAAAGGUAUUCGGAGGAAAAAAUACCAGUCAGUCAAUAUAAUCAAUAAAUAUCAAUGUCUGACAAAUCUUUUUAGGUAAUAUUGCCAUAUCUUGCUUUUAUUUUACAUACUUUUUUGCUUUUCUCAAAAUAUUGAAAUUUCGUUAAAUGAAGCUACGACUUCCAAAUGUAUAAAUUAAUUUUUAUAAAGUUUCCUAUCUUUCUCCCUGCAGUACAUGAGAGAGCCUCCUCCGCCUCAAUUUAUUUAUAAUGGGCUCUCGAUGGAUUAAAGAAAGCUGUAUGUUUCUAUUUCACAGCGCACAAAGAGGCAUGCCUUGUGAUUUGCGCACUAGUUAUUCUAGAGCUCCUGCAGUCAGCCUUGCAUAGUCUCAUAGGAAUAUAAUGAACAAAAAUCCCCAGGCUUCAAUAUUCCAUUUUGCAUCAAGAUAUCAUGACAUAUUUGUGCCCAGCUGUCCUCUUCAUCUCCUGCUCCUUCUUAUUUAGGUAAUUAUAGCAGGAUCUUCACGGUUACUGAUCCUAGGACAGGAAAUUUUAAUACUGGCACUGCAGAGGAUCUUGCCUGUUCUCAGGUAGCGAUACUUGCAUGGAAUGUGAAAUAGAAUUCACUAUGCCUUGGCAGAAGGAGAAAAGGCCUCAGUCCCAAUAGCUCCAUCUAGGGUGAAUUAAUCUAUACAGGAUAAAACUAUAUACAUUUUAUCUUAAUAUUUAAAGAGAACCUAUAGUCCUCAAAAUAACAUUUGAUUUUUUUUUGGACCAUAGGUUUUCUUUUGUCUACCCCCUUUUUCCACCCCCUUUGCUAUUUAAAAUAAAUACAUGAAUUAAAAAUGAACUAACAAUUACUUAUCUCCAAAGCUGGAAAUCCGCUGCAGCUGCCUGCUCUACCUUCGAAGACUGUCGCACGCCUGCUUAUAAUUUCGGUAAACUGCUCCAAUCCAAUGGUUCUCAUAGUGAAGCAAUGGAUUGGAAAUGCACAUGUGUGGCCUAGCGCAGUGCUUCUCUAAUGAAAUGCUAAUUUUGUACAAAAGACCAAUUUUUUACAUUGAAGGGUUAAAAUGAUGGGACCUCUGCUCCCAGACCAUGUCAUUAAGAUGAUGUGGUUUAGGUGACUUUAGUGGUCCUUUAAGAAUGACUGAUAGGAAAAACCUGUCACAUUUCUUAACGUAAUCUUUUAAGUUUUUUUGUUCCAUCCAGGGGUAUUUUCUCUUCAAUUACAAUCUAUGAUGUUUCAGGUUCAUUAUGACUGUCUGCCGCCCAUGUGCCUCCAGGUACACAGCCCUAAUCCUGGUUAGUGUGUUUGAUCUCAAACUGCAAAUGCAUAGACACCUGUGCCUGUGUAUGACUCAUGUUUCAAACCAGUGCUAUACCUUAUUAUCUCCGCACUCUUUUUGUUUGUGUAUCCUACAUUUUAAUUUCCUGAAUCAUAGUGUGAAUAAAGCUGUGUUGUCUGCCAUGUACAAUGUCAACACAUACGGGAAUGGUAUUGCUGUGAGAUGGAAUUUGGCAAAUAAAAGGGAAAUGAAUAAAUCGACUUCUGAUUAUCAAAAUUAUUAUUUUUUUCUUCCUUGAACACUUUUAUUUUCAAAUGUAAAUUUCUUCUAGGUCUUUACAUCGAAUAGACAACUUCUAACAAUCCUGUUUUAAUAUAAUCUAUACGACUGAUAUGUAUGUGCUCACAAAGUAACUUUAUUUUUCUUUUAGCAAAAUGCUGCAGAGUUACGUUUCAUCCUUUAAAAAUCUGAUUAUUUGUUUUUUUUUGUUUUUAGGAUUGUUUGGUUCAUGGCUAAUUAACCCCUUAAGGACACAUGACAUGUGUGACAUGUCAUGAUUCCCUUUUAUUCCAGAAGUUUGGUCCUUAAGAGUUUAAAGGGUUACACCAUCCCCCUGUUUUUAGAAGUGCUCAUGGUGCUAGGAAUCUGUGUGUGCAGCGUUUCUGCUUGAAAUGCUGCACAUUCAGAGAUAUUUGCAAUUUUGUGCCGGAGGCUCGUUGCACCCCCAGAACACGGGACUUCAUUUCUGUUCCAGGCUGCCUAAUGUCCGUUCUGUGCAAAAAAUAUGUCUGUCGUCCUAACGCUGGCAACAGACCUAAUAAGCUUCACUCUUGGAAAGCGCACCUGCAAGGGAAAGCGUUACUGUUACCUCCUUCUGUGCACCCCUCCUCCCCAACCCUCCAUAAACUAUGGAGGUCUUUUCUGCCCAUCUAUUACGUGAUGAUGAGUGGUCUCGUUUGAGUUUCUGUAUUCUCUAGGGGCAGUGCUACAUUUAGGAAUUUAGAUUUUUCUUUCCUUUUCAGAGUUCCAUUUAAUGGCGUACACACAAACCAUGGGGCCCCGGUGCGAAAAUGAAAACAGACAGGCACACAUACACACAGGCAGACAUACAAACAGACAAGCACACACACACACAGACACACAUACAUACACAGACAGGCACACACACAUACAUACAAAGACAUACAUACAAAUAGGCAGACACACAUACAGACAGACAGACAUGCAUACAAACACACACACACACACACAAAAUGUUUGUCACCCUCCCGUUUCCUACCUUUUUGUGCAGGAGGGUGACUUUCCCUGGGGUCCAGUGGUGGCUCAGGUGGAUUGGAGUCAGAGUUCCUAGUCUGACUCCCUCUGCUUCCUCCCGCACGGCUCUCAGUGUUAGCUGGGAGGAGUGACGUGCGGUCACUUCCUCCCAGCUUGUGAUAUCAUCACGGGGGGCCCGGUCGCGCUGUUAAAGCGCCCAGCGCUGACCGGGCCCCCUGACAAUCCAUAUCCAUCGGGUGGCCCUGACAGCAUGGGCCACCCGAUGGACUGCUCGGACGGCGGACCCGGCGGUUUGCCGCGCAGGCCAGGGCCGCAGAAGAUGAUGGCGGCGGAUACCUGGUCACAGGGGUCCGCAGGGCAGCCGGGCCCCCUGGAGUGGCGGGCCCGGUCAAGCUGCGACCCCUGCGAACACGGUAUGUACGCCCCUGGUUCCAUUCCUCUAAUGUUAAUAGAGUAUUUACUGGUAUAAGCAGUGCAGGGGAGGCACACAUAUAACUCCACAGCACACAUGAUCUGGACCACUCAUGUGUACUCCGGCAUCUUAUUGGAAAGUGUUGCAUUUAUCUGUACGUACAACCUCAUGGAGCCUGUGUGCAUGGCCUGAUAAAACCCUGUGUGCCUUGUCAUGGCAGGACUGCCUGGCAUAUGAUGUAAAUACAGGGUUUACAUUUAUUGUGAAAUAUUCUCUGUUGGAGCCAUUUCUGCCUUUCUCAGCGCUUCAAACUAUUUUUAAUUUUUGUCUUCACAAUAGCAUUCUUAUCUGAUAAUGCAGAGUUUGGUACAUGGGCUAAGAGGCAAGACCAUACCUAAUACAUAUAUUAUACCUGUUUGUGCUGUCAUAGGCAAAUAAGCGAUUUCCAGAUAUGUCCUCUAGAUCAUGUUAGAUAUUUACCGCAGUUGACUUUACAAAGUUGAAACUUUGUUGGUAGUUGAGGUCUGAAAAUCUAUUUUGCAGGGAUAAUUUGAAAUAUAGCUUAUAAUUCGGGCUGCGAGGCCCUCGGUGGAAUGAAAGGUGGAGAACAAUUGUCCAAGAAGAAUCAUUAAGAAUCUGUAGCUAUUUGCACAUCGAGUAAGAUGUGUCGGUAUGCAGUCAUGAUGGACUCUGCCUCAUGGAAAUUCCAGCCCCCGUCGGGAAGUUGAGACUCAGAAGACAAUGGCUACAGUCCAAAGCUAAUAAUUAAACGAUGCAACCCAAGUGCAAGGUCAUUCCAGACAGCAAUAGUUCUGAGCCAAAGAGUAGGCCAGCAGACAAAGGAAUCAAAGGCACUAAGUAGUUUAGGUUGACUAAGGGGGUGUUAGGGCUCAUAUAGGGAAAAAUAAUGCACCUCAUGGUUGGGCCAGGGCCUCCCACUCCAGCCUGGUACUGAGGAUCCUCACUGAUCAUAUGUGCCUCCUUCUUGAGUAUCUGCUUCAUAGCCAAGUCCCCACUAGCAUGCCAAGAUCAUGCCAGGCAUCUUCUGACAUUCCUACGUCUGUGAUGUGGGAAUACAUUCAGCUGCGGCCUUAGAAGUCACGGAUAAGCAUGGCAAUUUCACACCACAAUUUCUGUUAGACAAUGAGAGUGAUUUAAUACAUCGUUUAUAGGAUUUAUGUCUGGCAGAAUUCUAAGUUGUACAGCUCAUCUGAGUAGGAGUGGUGUAAGCUAGGAAACCAGUUUCCUUUAAUACAAAGUAACAUACAGGUUUAUUUACUAAAGUUGGAAUGGUCAGGAAUUCAAAGCAAAUUUUAAAUUUAAGGCAAAAAUAGUUGAAAUUAAAAUAUAUAUAUUUUUCUCAUCUGUAUGUCAAUUAUUCGUGGUUUUAUAUACUGCAUAAAAAUGUUGGUAUUUAUAUAAUAUACAGUGAUAAUAGGUUUAAAGUAAAAGUAAUUUUUUGUGCUUUCCUCUGGAGUUACUUGUCAUUUUGAAAUAUGUUAAAUAUUGAUUGAAUAUGUUUUAGUGACUGGUAAUUUAUGUCUCAAACUAUAGGGUUCAUUUGCCGCAAUGUAGUCUUCUGUUAUUAGACAUUCAUACAUGCACUUGCUCUAUUUCCAUUGCUGGGAUGGGACGAUAAAAAAUGUUCAUGAGCCUAAUCUUAAAUAUAGCCAAACGAUUCUUCAGACUUCAGAUCACAGAAAUAUAAUUUACAAAAUACAACAAAUAUUGCUAUCUUUGUAUUUUCCUUUUUUCUUUUUUCAUCUUAUUGAAGUUGUCAUAGUGCCUGCAAUCCUGUCCCCACCCCUAGUCCUAUCUCCCAAAACCCAAUAUUAAACUAAAAAAAGGCAUGGAAGCAUAUCUUCAUGACAUGCUUCCAAGCCCUCUGGGUAUGAUAAACAAGGAAUCUUACUUCCAUGCUCCCAUAUCAUGAAGUCACGCACAGUACGUCAUGGUCGGCCUUAGAGAAUAAUUGUAUUCAAUGUUUCUCUAACUGUAGAUGCAUCGUGGUGAGUGCCGCGCAUGCACCUACGUUUCUCAAUGCUCCUCUGUGUACAGAUUUCCUUUAAGACCUGGCUAGUAGCGUCUGUAUUGAAAUUGUAAGCCCAGAUUAAAAGAAUAUAUACAUUGUAAUAUGAAAAAAUAUAUAUUUUGGCCUUCAAAUUUACCCCUACCCCACAUUGUAUUGGAUAGAGUUGUGCUGUUCAAUUAUACGGUUUAGUUUUUAAUUUCUGUGUGGUGGAGGGUAUCUAAUUGGAGCAGAAGGCCUAGAUGAUGUAUGUGCUUGCCAAUCUCUGGACAACAGAGUGUUUGUCCUAUGCCCCAAAUACAUAUCUUUACAUUCCUCCCAACAUCAAAGUGGUCAGAACUUGUGACAGAGAUUGGUAUCCAUUGCCCCAAAUCUAAUUAAAAUUUGGAAUUUAUCCAUGUCACGAAAUAAUACUUAUCACAUGCUUUCUUUAUUGAAGCUAAUUAAACACUCAAUUGAAUGCUAUUCAUGACAACACACAGGCCUAUGGAUUCAUCCUAAAAUCAGAUUGACAAGGCCAGCUGAUCCUCUCUGUGAUAAGAUAGAUCAAUUACCAUUUGUCUCUCAUAACCGAGCAAGCAUAUUUUCUUUGUUUAUUAUGCUCUAAUUUUGCUAUUAAUUACCCUCAUCUGGUAUUGUUUUGCUACUUUGAUGUUCUAUCAGUCAAAUGCAAUCCCUAAAACUGCACACAGAACGGCUACGAAGAUACGUUUAUUGACUUCUACAAUCUGCUGUCGGAGUGUGAUAACAUGCCAAAGGUUCUAAAAAGUCUACAGUAACGUCUUGCUGUCUCUGGUUGAUUGUUGAAGGAGCUAUCAUGCUUUUAAGUAAAACAGACUCUUGAGUUAUAUGAGGUGUGCAUUUUUAGGGUGCUGUGUGACUUCGAUUAUCAAAACUUAUUUUGAUUGUGGAUAUGCUUGUAUUAGUGAUGAUACAUAAAGACAAUCUAAUUCAGAGCUGAACACAGAAAAUGGAGGAAAGUCCACUGGUGAUGCAUAAAUGCUCAUAGUGUGACCUUAAAUGGCACACUAACACUGUUAUUCACUAAAGUGUGAAUCUCAAAUUUUAUGCCAAAGUAAAUAAACUGAAAGCAUUGGAGACUUGAAGAUUUUUCCAAAAUCUGAUACUCUGGCCUGGAACCUGAAAUUUGCUUUAAAUUCCUGAUAAUUCACAUCCUGGCCGAAUUGGUAAAAAUUCGGCCCAGGCAUUUUUUUAUUCACAGCAGCCUAGUGGGAAGGAGGCAGGACCAGAGAUGGGGAUGUUGUGUCACCACCAAUGACCAGCACGUCCCCUUGAAGUGAAAAUGUCGAUUCAAUGCUCUUUCAGGGCAGCCAAUGCUCAAAGCCCUGCUAAAUAGCUCUUGCAUGAGAAAAAGGCCCUGUACUUAUUUUUUGUUUUAAACUUAAUAUCUUACUUUCUUUUGCUUACCCUUUGCCACGUAACGGCAACAUUGGGUGGUGAGUGACUCUAGAAGCUCCUCCGGCUGUAGACGGAGUUCAUCCUCUUGUGAGCUCAGCAAUACACAAUGUCAAAGAGUUGCUGUGGUAAUGUGACAGUGCUCUGAACUGCCCAGCUCGCGGGACGAACAAUCAAUUUCCCUAGUCCUCCUCUCUCCCUCGCACGCUCCUACAGGAAAAGUGUCAUUCGGUCAGUGAGGAAGAUCUAGGAUCAGCAUCAUACAUACCUCCCUAAAUGAGCAUUCUUCUAUAAAAUACAAAUUAUAUACAUAAUGGCUGUGUAUUAUCUGUAAAGCUUUUCUCAUUGAAAGGUUUAUCUGUAGAGGAAAUAAACAAUGAGCAGGACAAAAAUGGCAUCUCUUUGUACAAUUUGAAAAACCCACCAAAAUGUAUUAAGAGAAGGGUCACUAUCUCAAUAACCCUUUCUCUUUUUAGAUUAUUUUAUUAGGCUGAAUACAGUCCUGGUUAUGUUCUGUUUGAACCUACUAAAAAAAUAUAUAUAUAUAUUUUGACAUGUUGCAACAUUUUCAGAAAUUAAAUUUUUCAAAAUCUAUAAAUGGGGUAAGAUACAAGCACACAGAUGUAUACACUGUGUGAUGGCAUCUGGAGAUGUGGUAGAUUUGGUUUACCUAUUUUCCUUUUUAUAGGUUUUUCCAAAGGGCUAAUUUAAAAACUUGUGUGGUGGUGGUUUGCCCUAGGUCAAAAAUAAAACAAUCUCCAGUCCAGAAGUAGUUUUGUUUUAAUUAUGUUAAAUGUGUAUGUUGUGGGUCUCCAACAUAACAGGUGCAAACUCAUACUGGCACUGUACUUAUUAAGUGAUUAAAUAACUCAUUAGAACAAAAUGUAUCCUCGCGUGGACUUUUGCUCCAUUAAUAAUGUUUGUGGAUCCUGAGGUGAAGUGUUUAUCCUUCAUCUGAACAGAUUGAAGCCUAAGCUGGCUGAGGAGGAGUUAAGUACCCAGGCGUCUUUCUGGGUUUAUUUACUAAACUGAGAAUUGUCAGGUAUUCAGAGUGAAUUUAAAGCGAAUUUCAAGUUUAAGCUCAAAAUAGCUGAACUGGAAAAUUCUCUAAGACAAUUCUGCUUCCAGUUCGGCUUCACUGAGGAGACCAGAGCAGCAAGGGAAAAAGGUAAACUUGCACUAGGGCACUAUAGAGUUAGGAAUACAUAUUUUGUGCAUUGAGGGAUAACUUCAGAGGCUUCUCGUUGAAGUUAAAUAUCCACAAAGAGACUGAAAGUCUAUUUGGAAAGAAAAAGGACAGGGAUUGGAAAGCCUGCAGUUCAUAAGAAGAUAUACAUCCAUGAAAAAUGCUUGGGGGUAUAUCUACUAAAUAGUGACAGUUAGCACUUAUAGCAACAAGAUGCACAUAGAUACUAACAUCUUAGGUUUUGUUUUUAGUUUUUUUUAUCCAGCACUGAGACUCCUUGGGAAUUGUUGCCUGCGCUUCCCAACACAACUUCAUUCGGCUCCCUAGCCGAUGGUCCAAUUCAGUACUCCUCAUAGAAUAACAUUGGGGACUGAUUGACAUGCCUGGUGAGCGCUGCCAAAUGAGCUGCGUUUGGUCACAUAAGAGAGUUUUACUUGGUCGUUGUAGAGGAAGAGCCUCUAGUGUCUGUCGUCGUGACAACACUAGUGUUGUAUUUACCCCUCCAAUGUAACCAUGGCUGUCUCACAAAACUCGUUAUACAUUGCAUGGUAAAACUACAGCUUCACUGCUUCCAGACCACUUCAUUGAGUUGAAGUGGACUAGGUGACCUUAGUGAUCCUUUACCAUUUUAUUUAUUUAUAAAAUAUAUUACCAGGAAGGAUAUAUUGAGAUUUAUCUCGUUUUCAUGUAUGUCCUGGGUCAAGUAUGUUCACCUGAGUCCAUAGCUUAUAUCUUGGAUCUUAAUUUUAUAGUGGCGUGGUGUUUUUUUUUUUUUUUUUUAUAUAUAAAUAUUAAUAGCAGGGUUUCAUAUUCUGUUUGUUAAAUGUAUUUGUUUUCAUAACCUAGAUUUUGAUAUUAUUCUAUUUGCAGUGCACUGAAACACCCAAGGCAAAGUAAACAAAAUGCUUUGCCUACAAUUUAUGCACUUUGUCUCGUGAUAAUUGCAGGCGACCGAGUGAGAAGCAGAUAUGAUUGCCAACAUAAGGUUUUAUCUACGCACCAUAACUAUCAAAGCUUAUUGUGGUGGCUAUUAAGCUAGUUAGGUAUCCCAAAGUUAUUUUAUAGCAAUUAUUUUAAUAAAAACAAACAAAUAAACAAAAAACAACAACAGGACUCUACCAAUGCCAAAACCUUGCCCACCUGUGUGAAGAAACUGUUUUGAAUGGCAAUGAUGGACUGCAGACACUGGAGUUAUGCCACCUCCACGUUCAGAGCUAUUGCUAUCCAUUGUAGACAGAAAGCGAGGAAACUAAAUUCUGUAUCACAUUCGCAGCAGAGGGGCAGGCAUUGGUUGGGUAUUGGUAGAACUCUUGUGGGUUAGCACUCAGACUCCUUAAAUCAUAACCGCAACUGUGACUUUUAGUGUUAGUGUUCUGUUUUAGUUCUAGAAUUCCUUGAACUCUGAGAUACAUUAUUAUUUUCUUCUAUGGGUGGAGUAGAACAGCAGGGGUUUCUGGUAGUUGCAGUUUGCUUACGAACUUUUUACUUGUGAAAGCAGUUAGCUGAACCAAAACACAUUCACAAUAAUUUCUAUGUCGACAAAUAUUUCGCAGCACUGUACAAUAAGAAAUAAUACAGACAUUUAAUUCUAAUAAACAGUAGUGUUUUUAUAAAUUAGGUCGAACAUACAUGUGAGGUAUGCAAAGUGGCCGCAUUGUUGACAUUCUUGGCCAUUGCUGUUUUACAUACAGAUGCUUAUGCUCUGGUGAUUAUCGUAAAUGGUAUACUCAAAGGACAUCUGUUUGCAAAUGGCUUUUGUGGCUUUUGUAAUCACCUUGCAUUAUGGGUUUGCUGCCAAUUUGUAUGUUUGCACUUCUUAAUAUUUCUACGUCUCUAAACAUUCAUAUUUGUCUUUUUUGUCCUUUUAAAAGUUAUCUGUGCUGUCUAGUAUAGCACCUGUUAUUCACUCCUACAAUGCUUGUUUAUCUUCUGUCUGUCACACACAAAAACACACCUGUAUCUGUAAUUAAAUAGACGUACAUAUAAAAACAUUUGUUUUUUUCAUUUUAAAAUCAAUAUUGUUUUUGAAAGUUGGUAUAAUAACAAAAUAAUGUUUAUCUGGAAUAUGUUUCUUAAAUACGUUUAGUAUCCUAAUUACACAGCUUCCAAUUUGGCCAAUUACACUAUUUUGAAAGUCCAUAUGCAUGAGGCCAAUGCCCUCUUUUUUUAUUUUUAUUUUUUAUCAACAUUUUGGGGCAGUUUGGGAAAAAUCUUGGCUAUCAUUUGGCCACCCUUAGAUUAAUACCCAUCUUCAGCUUCCCAGAUAAUGCAGAAGUGUCGUUUUUAGCAUAUCAUUUCUGUCCAGGAUGGUAAAAUCACUACUGAUAAGGCGAUAACUACACUUCUGCAUAAUCAAUAAGUUGUUGUGGUACUUCUAAGAGUGAGGGCUCCUUCUAGCCAGGCCAACUUUGCGGUUAUUGUGCUCAACGCUCUUACCUUGUUGCUGUUAUAUUUCUCAUAGUAAAACUAGUUAUAAAAACAAGUUAAAACGAAAUAUGUUAUACCCAACACACUCACGUACACAUUCCCCCCCCUUCCAUUUAAACGGUCAGAUGAAUUAAUCCUACCCUAGUCUUGUUUGUUAUCACUGUCUAUAUAAUGUUCUGUGUAAUAUGUCUCCUAGCCACACAAAUCACCAUUCACAGCUGGUGAGGCCAUCUGUUCAGCACAAAGCAGAUCUCACUCCUGUUUCACAAAGAAAUUGCAGGGCUAUGCAGUUAGUAUUGCAUAAUGUGUGUGAGAUAUCUAAAUGUUUGAGUUUUUAAAAACACACAAUAAUAUGUAAUGGUGUGUGAUGUCAUAUGGAAAAUAUCCUUUUCUGGAGAGCCUCGGAAAGCUUACUCUGCCUAACUAAAUAUGCGGCCUCACCUUUUGUUUUUGUUUUUUUGUAAAUCUUUUUUUUUUCUAGAACCUGGUUUCAUGCCUUUGUAAUAUAAUCAAACUCUGGAAUACAGUAUGCUAGCAUACAGCGUGCUACAGAAUACAUUAAUAUGCAUUGUUCUUUGCCUUGAAGAAGAAAGCCCCUCUAAGUAACAAACACUUAUUUCGCCAUAUACAAAGUCGGGAUAUUGUCACGGGUGCAGAAAGUGGCCUAGGACCCACCUACCCAAUUUGAAGUAACUUACCUUCAAGGCAAAUAUCAAAAAGGCUUAAUAUCAUGAAUAUUAAUACAUUUGCUCCCAUUCUACCAUUUAGGGACCAAUGAGGUAUAUUUUCUUAUGGAAACAAGACCUGGGAGGGUAGAUGGAAGUGGAUGUACGGAAGGACAUGUGUGCCAGGGUCUCCAUAUGUAUGUAACUGCUCAGGAACAAAUGUGUAAAAUAUUAUUUCUCUGGGAUACUACUCAUGCUCAACUGUAGAAAAUAGGGAAAAUCAAAGAUGAUUGAUGUAGAUUAUAUGGACGACACAGUUCCUACCUUCACAUGUGGCUGUACUGUCCAAAAAUAACCCCCUUUUGGGAAGGGGUUAGAUACCUCUUGACAGCCGUUUUCCACAGGCCAUUUUAUUUAGACCCCUGCCCUUUUCUUCUGUCUAGAUCACUAGUGGAAAAUCAUCUCCCGUGGAUCAGUUGACGGCGAUGGUCACUGCACACAAUACACUACAAUCCUUUUAUAAAAUCUGGGAUCUCUGGCUGGAAAUCGCCCCCACAACAUUACUUGGUUGGUUGUGAAGGAACCGAGAAAUGUCUAAUCGCGGUGGUCCCUUCUUCCUAAUUCCCUUAUUAUUUUUCUAUCAUUUAUCGUCUUUUAGUAACUAUUUUCUAUUUUCCAUCUCACGUUUAUAAUUGUAAAUGUUACAUUUUACUUUGAAUGUAAAAAGUAAAACUAGAGACAAGCUGUAUGCUUGACUAUGACCCUGUAUGUACAAUGAAACCUGUGCUUGUCUCUGAAAUAAAGAUUUUUUAAUAAAUGCAUUGUUCCUACAGAGACCGCAGAAUAGUAUACUUUAGAUUUUGUAUUUUAUUUUUUUGUGACCUGGGCAAUCCAACAACAAACUUUAGGAGCGACAAUGUGUAACACCUAGUUAAUGCAAAUCUCCUGGAACAGGAUCAUUGGGGUCAGGCUCUGAUUUGGGCAACUCCUGUCCAGUAUUAGUAUAGUAAACAAAACAGCCAGUGCCAUAAUUCGUUUGCUAAAGUACAAAUGCAUUCUUGAGAAUGUUAAGUUAAAGAGACACUUCAGACCCCUAAAGCACACUAGCUUUCUCAAGUAGUUUAUGUUUGAAUAGUGUGUUUUUAUUUAUUUAUUUCCCUGUUUACAAAAAGUGCAGGUUUCAAUAGAAAUCUGUUUGACAGUUUACUAUCUGGAUCAGAAGAUGCCAAGAGUCUGGCACCAUAACAACUAAAGCAUGCUGUGAUGGUUAUGGUGCGUAGGGUCCUUUUAAUGUCUCGAUACCAAAGUGAUAAAAUGUGUGGUUGGUAAUUUUUUAAGUUUGUUUUUUUGUGCGUCGGGGACACUAACAUUCCAUUUCACAUCAUACACUACGUUUGUCAGAAUUCUCACUGAGCACAGUUGCCUGGUCUCAUUGAGUAAUACGGAAGCUGUUUUUACUAUGUAUGUAAAUAAACAUUUUCUUUUUUGACUUGGCCUUGAAACGGUUUGCUUGAAAUGCUACUAGUCCUUGGCAUCAGGAGAAAGGUAUUGUCUUAUUAAACAAAACCUCUCCUGUUUUUCUCAUUUUUUUUCAGUUACAGCCUGGGGACUAAGCACUCCAGACCAGUAAUAAUUCACCUACAUUUUUAAAAGAGUAAUGUAACUUCUGUGUUGUCAGAAAGAAUCUCAUUCAGUGGUUUCAGUGCUUGAGGGCUAUACAGUGACUUGUUCCUCAAAGAAUUAACCACUUGUUGCAGUAAAUGUGCAAGCAUCAUUCUAAAUAUGGCCAACAUAAUUAUUAGUGUUGAUAUAUGUGAUUUAAAAAAAAAAGUAAUCUGUUAAUAUGCCUUUUUUAACCCCUCAGUGAACAAAGCUUUUCUUAAUUUUUGAUUGAGGACUUUUUUAAAAAUCACUUUUGCAAUGUGUUUGUUAAACUGUGUUUGUUAAAUGUAAUUCUUUGUUGAACUAAUUUGCAUAUGCCCACCCAGAAUCCUUUGCGGUAGUAACAUCACUGCAAAUUUGUGAUUCAUGUAGGAAAAGCAAGACUUAUGGCUGGACUGGUGUGCAGAUUUUUGUUUAACAUUGUAUUAACUAUCCACAGACUUCAGGUGGAAGGGGUUUUCAAUCACAAUUUUUGCCCACCACAUUUUGUGCUAUCUAUCGAUCUUGUAGAUUGGAAUAGCCAUAUUAGUCUAGUAGACAAGAUGCCAAAAUACCGGAGUAUUGCAGUGUGCAAUGAUACCUUUUUUAUUGGACUAACAUACUAUUUCAAAGACAAGCUCUGGAAAGAUUUCCUUUCUUCUUCAGGACUGAAGCAACAUUGAUCAAUCUGAGUUUAACACUUAAAACAGGGGAGGGAGUAAGUAGGGUGUCAUAAAUAGCAGAUGAUGUGCCUGGAAGUGAAAGGUGCAGGUUGGCUGAGAAUAGCCACAAAAAGUAAAUAAACAGAGGAGAGUCAAUAAGCUGGUUGAAAAGAAAGAAGAAAAAAAAACACACAAAAAAGAAAAAUGUUUUUUUUAACUAGCUUGUUGACUCUCCUCUGUUUAUUUACUUUUUGUGGCUAUUCUCAGCCAACCUGCACCUUUCACUUCCAGGCAUAAGUAUAUAUAUAGUAUAACUCUCUCUCUCUCUCUCUAUUAUAACAUAACUAAAUAUAUUGUAUAUAGUUGUGUUUAUAACAACUAGGUUAAAACAACAAGUAACUCAAAAUAGAUGACCAUAUUAGUCUGCCCAAAUUAUAACUUUAAUAGCUGAUUUAGAACCCCAAAAUUGGGGCUGUACUUCUGUUAAAAAUUCAUUAUUAUUUUUUUUACUGCUGCUCCAAGUACAUUAAUACCUCACAUGUACACCUUUACCAGAGUUUUGGGAUGUUAAAUGGUAGAAUUAAUGACAUGUCAAUUUCAGCUGUCAAUUUUUAACUGAUUGUUUACUGGGCCACUAUGGGCUAACAGGCAUCGGAAAACAUUUGGCAGCUUGUCAGUGUUUCUAUGCCCAGAAAGCUAUUGCUGGAUGAUACCGCAAUCUGGUGACACAAUGCCAUGUGGAACCUGGCAAGAGCAGGGUCUCGUUAUGAUUAUACAGUUGCAUUUUUUGUUGAAUUUGGGGAAACCACUUGAAAUAUUCAUCGUGUUGAGCUAUUUCAAUUGCUUUUGUUCGCUUAUUGCAAACAGCUGAAAUUUUGACAAUAAACCUGAUUUUGGGAGAUGACUAAUUUUGAUAACAACUGUAGGGCAUUUUUACCCCUAAUACCUGCACCACCUUGUGGAGAGUGCCAACACAUUAGAAUUUGUAGGGCAUUUUUAGCAGUAUUUUUUUUUAUUCUGUUUGUUUAUUUUAAAAGGCUUUAAAUGGAAAAGCGUGCAGGAACAGGCUAUAGACACCAGAACCACUACAUUGUAUUGUAGUGGUUCUCUUGACUAUAGUGUCCCAUUAAGAAAUUUAUUUUUGUAGUUGAAAGACCUGACUUCUGACAUUUUUAGCUGGCUCCUAGAUUCCAAGCAAAUUUGUCAAGCCUCGUUUUAAUGUACAUUCUAAAAGAAAAAAAAUAACGUCCUAUAGAUGAUUAUUUUCAUGGUUUUCUGGAAAUUGAACCACUUAAAAAAAAAAAGUUCACCUCUAAGAGCAUAAAAAUAACAACUUUGUAGUUUUCAAAGGUAUGUUUUUAUUACCUUUUUCAUCUUUCCUGCUGUAAAACUCCAAUUGAGAAUUUUUGGUACUCCUCUAAACGGAGUCUGGUGUUUUCUGCUGUAUAAAAAGUAAUAGAGAUUUAACAUUAAAUCUAGAGUCAGGGUGGUUUACUAAGCCCUGAACUGCCUAGGAAAUCCAGAUUGGUUUCCACUUUUACUGUUUUGGGGUAAAAUUCCUUGUUAUUUACAGUUUAGUGAAGCUGCGUUAAAUGGUUAUUAGGUAAACUCUGUAUUGUAUCAAAUUUGCAAUCCAAAAUGCAAAAUUCAAAGAACUCACAUCACACACCUUGCUGAUGUGCUUUAUGUAUGAAGAGUGUUUUCACUCUUUCAUUUUACAAAAAGUGUCCAUUUCAAUAAAAAAUGGCACUUUUAUAACUUAAGCUUGUCAAUCAAGCUGUUACUUCCUGGUUUGGUUAGCUCAGUGGAGCUAAACUCAAGAUGCAGCAAUUGUCCAGAGCACCUGCCCUGCAAAGACUUCUUAUUGAGCUGCAUUGGGAAGUCUGUGAUUGGACAGCCACAGAAAGUCUGGGCUGUGUUAGAAGGGCAGGGCUUGCAAAGGCUGCAGACAAGAAAUCUGCAUCUAUUGCAAACUGUUCUUGGAUAUAUCCCCUAAUGGAAAAAUGAACAGUUAAAGGCAUGCAUGUUUUCAUUUGGGUAUAUCUACUAAAUAGGGAUUUUUAUGUUGGCAGUAAAAUGUGCCUUUAAGACUGAUUUGGAGACAGCAUCCAAUCUGGGCGUACUCCAAGUAUGACUAUUUUAAUUGUAAUUUUUCAGUUCACAUUUUAAUUUACUGAAAUUUGGAGAUUAGUGGAUAAACCUGCUUAGAGCCUGAAUAUGCCAGACAGUUUUGAAAGGUAUGCAGACCACUAGUUCGCAGUUAUAUAGCAUCAUCAGAUUCCGUAGCACUGUACAAUGGAUGGACUAACAGACAUGUAAUUGUAACCAGACAACUGGACUACAGGAACAGAGAGGGGUGGAGGGCCCUGCUCAAUGAGCUUACAUUCUAGAGGGAGUGGGGAUAACAUUCUUAUGGUGCACAGUGUGGUCCUUUAAAGGAACUCUAUAGCAUUAGGAAUACAAACCUGUAUUGCUAGUGCUUUAGUGUCUCUAGUUAUAAAGGUUUUCCUCCCUUCCCCAAAUUUUUAUUAUAAUAAAGUUUUUUUACUUAACUUUUUCCAGUACUCCCUUGACAUUGCACCUCCUCCACUAUGGUCCAAUCCAAUGCUUCUCAUAGAGGAGCAUUUGAAACCUGAAGCACAUGUUCAUAUUUAACGCUUUCAUAUAAGGCUCACGCAACAGUCUCACUUGGUCAAUGCCGCAUAAGCACCUCAAAAAAACCCUUAAACUGCAGGGUUAAAAGGGCAGGGCCACUGCACCCAGGCCACUUCAUUGAGAUAAAUUGGCCUAGGUGACUUUUGUGUUCCUUUUAAGGCUCCUAAGAAAGUGAUGAUAUGUUCUAAUUUAUUUAUUGUCUUUGGUCAUCCUAUCUGUCCUCUUGCUUUGGCUAUAUAUUGAGUGAUGACUGAAGAAUUUUGUAGACUAUUUCUAACCAUGCAGCAGAAGAUUCAGUAGGUGAUUUGUCAAUGAAGACAUGAUUUGAAGUUAAGAAUUCACAUAAUGAUUGUGAUUAUUGAUCAGGUGGUCAUGAACAUCCCUGGUCUGGAAUCUAGAGUCAUCUUAAGUGUACAGAAAGUCAUGGUUGUUAAGUGUGAUUAGGAGAGGGUAAGGAUGUGUAUGCUGUGUAAUGAUCUAAAAGGUGUACACGUGGCAGAUUCCCUUUGUUGCUAUUUUAUUGUGGCAUGUAAUUAAUUUUAAACAUUUUUUUUUUAUGUGUGAGGGGUGUAGAUAAAGAGUGAUCCCCUGGUUUGUGUUCCAUACAAAUAUCCCACAACUACUUUCCUUAAGUCUGCAGGAACCAAAUGAAAAUUCCUUGUGUGUUUUGAAGCAUCAUGUCUUUGUUCAGAGAUAGUGAUUCUUUAUCUCAUUAAAGCUGCUGAGUUUCAGUCCUGAAUAAAAAGAAUUGUAGGCAUUUCAGGAAUCUAUGAAUAGCAAUUCCAGCAUAAAGACUUGAUCGGAAGGAUUUGAGCUCCUCAAAGCCUUGUGCGUUUGGAAUAGAGAAUGAACUGCACAAGAACGUUGCUACCUUCCUUCUGUCUGGUUAAUACUUUAUUUUAUUAUCCAGUGCAGUAAGUUGUUCUGAAUGUGGAGUUUAUUUUGUCUUUCUUUUUUCCUUUUCCUUUCUUGAAGAGAGAGGCCUUGAAAUGAAGUUGAGGAUUUUUUCUCUUUUGUAUUUUUUAUUUUAUUUUUUAGUUGCAGAAAAACAGGUCAUUGAUGCUUUAUCUGGCUUUAAAGGAUAUCCUUUAAUCUGUUAAAUACUGGGAGUUAUUGGUGGUGGUAUUUGAGUGCUAAUCCAGAAGUCAAAACAUCAUUCAGUUUAGGAAGAGUAAUGCAGUAUAUAUUUAGUGUUCAUAUAUGUGGUUGGGCAUGUCCUUACAGUGGCAUGACAUAACAACAGCCAUGGAUUGAGAGGUUGGGUUCUGGAUUCAGAUACUUUGUGUGUGCAAAGUUCUUUUGAAUUCUUUGGGACUUACAGAACCUUUUCGUCAAAGAUCGAUGAGAAUGCAUAGGAAUUGGGUGGAAGCGGCCUACGUGUAGGGAUAUUCCUAUUUUUGCUGUGGAGAAUGAAUGGUGCUCGAUAUUGAGAGAAGCUUGGACCCAGCAAGUUUCACAACACAUUUAUUCUUUGGGCCACAAAUGAAUUCCUUACACAUUGUAGAAUAGAUAUUAUUGCAAUACAAAUUAUCAGUACCCUGCUUUAUAAAACAUAUUUUACAAUAAAUUGCUGCAUUCGCAAAGGCAGACAUUUUUGCAAUCAGAUAGUAUCGAAGACAAAGGAAGAAAAAAAACUGUUACUCACUGAAAGACUAGAAAGAGUUUUAAAAAAACUAGAAAGGACACACAAUAAAGUCUUCCUUUAAAGGGUCAUUCUAAACAUCAUAACCACUACAGCCUGCUGGGGGACAUGGUAGGAGUACCAUGACCCCAUUCCCCACUAAUUAGGCAAACCCUUUUGUUGGUGUUUGCUCUCUCACCGGAGUCCCGUCUGGCACUUGCACUUCUUUUAACAUCAGAUUUCAAACAUCCACCUUCUGCAGAGCAAGAAAAUCCAGAAGAUUCUGCCACUCAUUGAUUCACUAAUAUUGUCCACAUCUAAAUUUGACAUCAGCCAGCUCUUGUUCCAGGCUAUCUAAUGACACCCCAGUGACAUUGCUGGAGGUACAACUCUAGCAACAGAGGAGUUAAUCUCCAUAUGUCCAGUGAUUCAAAGCGAAACUCUGCAUAUACAGACACCAGGCACCAUGACCACUUCAAAAGUUUGAAAUGAUCCUGAUGCCUGGAAUAACCCAUUCAUUUAGAUUUAGUUAUUCCCUUGUUUGAUGUUUUAAAAAAGGAAUAUGAAUAAAACCAUAAUUUAGCCCUUGUAGUCUUCUGUAACUGUGGGUGAUUGCGUGACAAUGAAUGCAAUACAAUGAUUGAGAUUGAAAGAUAAUAUGACCAUAUAUAAAAAAAAAAUCUAGCCCCAGGAAUAAAUUGGCAUUAUGCAGGGACUGCAUAUGGUUAAUAUGGUUCAGGAAGCAGAUACCAAAACCAAAAGCAUAUCAGUGAUGUAGAAUAAUGAAGGGGGCUUCCUAGUUAGCUAUAUGUGAUCUGUGUAAAUUAAUGUUUGUCUCUAGUUUAUCAAAAUUUAACAAAUUCCACCUUGGAAAAACGUACAGUAGAAGUGUGACCUCGAUCCAACCUUAAAUUGUGCCCUGCGUUAAUGGGGCAUUCUGUUUAUUUAUCUAAAAAGCAGCAAUAUGCCUAGACCAGGAAGAUAGCCCUGCUCAUAUGAUCCCUGAGCACCUAAAAAGAGAUAUCCUGGAAGGUAAAGACGUCAACCUGGCUUCUCUGCUGAUUGCCUCCCAGGAUAUCGUAAAAAAUAAGACUUAUGCAUAUGAUGAUGUGUCUGUUGUGGUCAAAUCUACGGACGCCCGCCUAAACAGGAAACUGACUAUUCCCGAGUUUGUACUAGCUUUUGGUAUUUACCGGGACGUCAUCUGUGCGGUCUAUCCCAAUAGACGAGAGGAGUUUGAUCUUUAUAUACACAAGCUGGUAGACCUGGGCAACAAAUAUGGUGGAUCAGCCUUUUAUGACUACCAUAGGUCUUUUUCUGCAAAAGUGUCUGGGGCCUUCUCCCAGCAUGAAACAAGAUCCAACUGGGGUAGGAUUGAUACCGUCAUACUUUGCAGGUCUAAGAACACCGGCUUGUGCAUACUGCUCCUCUACGGCAAAUACGACAAAUUUCUGUACCAACACGGCGGACGAACAUGCUUCCACACAAGAAGCUAGUUCCUCCGGUGUUUCAAAGAAAGUAACCAGAGACAAACUGGGACGCCCGAUCAAGUUUCUGGGCAAGUCCCAGAUAUGUAAUAAUUUCAAUGUCGGGUCUUGUAAUUAUAAUGGAUGUAGAUUAUUGCAUAUCUGUUUGUUUAAAAUGUUUUAGGGCACAUGCCAAAACCAUGUGUCCAAAUAAAAUGUACCCUAAGCCGUACCUAACGUCCAUUAACAUUUCGGUAUUUACAACAUUUCUGUCACAUCACCCGUCUAGACACUUGGUAGAUUUUCUUAUCUCUGGUUUAACAGAAGGCUUCCAGACUGGUAUUCUACACAUACCGUCCAGGAUUCUGGAAUGCCCUAAUCUACAAUCCGCACAGCACAACCCCACAGCUGUUGACACUCUCAUAGCUCAGGAAGUUGCUGAAGGUUUCUUAUUGGGUCCUUUACAGUCUCCUCCGUUCAACGAAUGGCGCACUAACCCCAUUGGUAUUGUCACAGGGAAAUCUUCCCUUAAACAAAGACUCAUUAUUGACCUGUCGGCACCACACUCAUCGGCUAACCCCAGUCUCAAUUCCCUCAUACCCUCCGAAGAAUUCUCCCUGCAAUACACUACCAUAGAUCACGCCAUUACAGCUAUCAUACAGGCAGGGGUCGGAGCAUGGCUUAGUAAGACCGAUAUUACUCACGCCUUUAAAUUGCUGCCAAUUCACCCUACACUGUGGCACCUGCAUGGCAUCAAGUGGUCCGGGAACUACUACUUUUUCUCCCGAUUAACUUUUGGGUCCAAAAGUAGCCCUGCUAUUUUCGACACAUUUGACGAAGCAUUGUCUGGUUACUAUUGAACAUAGCCAGAUGCCCUACUGUAUUACAUUACCUGGAUGAUUUCUUACUGGUCAAGGAUAACACUUCCCCUCCCAGUAUCCUCAAAGCUACUACCAAGCUAUUCGAGUAGCUAGGUGUCCCAAUCUCCCCAAAGAAAACUGAGGGGCCAGACACGAUUAUCACAUUCCUGGGUAUUCAAUUAGACUCCACCAAAAUGCAAGCAAGCUUGCCACACGACAAGAUAGGAAACAUUCUUACCUACAUCAACCACUACCUUCAGCUCGGUACUUGCAACCGCAAAGAGCUACAGUCCCUGCUGGGUUCUCUAAAUUUUGCCAUGCGUAUCAUACCUCAAGGCCGCUCUUUCAUAUCACGACUCUUGUAUCUAUUUCCACUCUUCCUACACGACACACACAGGUUUCCUUAGAUACCCAAGCUACGGCAGACUUACGCAUGUGGAAGAAAUUUUUAACCACUUGGAAUGGUAAAAGUAUGUUCCUCCCUCAAUUGACUGACUCUUCACCUACCAUUUGGUCAGAUGCGGCAUCUACCACAGGUUUUGCAGCAAUUUUGGGAACGAAUGGCUUUGGGGCAGCUGGCCUAAAGCAGUUCAGGAUUUGGAGGGUUUUUGCACUACCUCAGCUCUCUUUGAGAUCUAUCCCAUCGUGGCGGCUGCCGUAGCAUGGGGUCAUUUAUGGGCAAACUUGCCAGUACGUUGCUAUUCAGAUAACCAGGCAACCUGUUACAUCAUCAACAAAGGUUGUUCCAAAUCCCUUACGAUCAUGAGAUUUCUGAGGAAACUCACUUGGUUGGCUGCUUGUUAUAAUUUCUUCCUGUAUUGUUUCCGUGUUCCAGGUGUAUGUAACACAGCUGCUGACAGUUUGUCUCAUUUUAAAUUCCAGGCAUUCCAUCAAGCACUCCCGUCAGCCGCACUCACAGCCACAACUACUCCAGUAUUUCAGCAACUAGUACUGGACUAGACACCAUUAUGCAUCAUAGCAGGGCACUGCCCCAACUGGCACUGUCAAACAAUACACACAAAACAUACAGACAGGGCCUUUACAUUAUUCAAAAGAUUCCUUUCGGAACAUAACAUCAUGCAACCAUUUGUCAUGACAUCUUUGUUGGGGUUUGCUUCUUUUUGUCACCUUAUACUUAAGAUGUCAUACAACACCAUCAAACUUUAUCUAACAGGCAUUCAACACCAUGUGCUAACCUUACAACCAAACAACACAAGUUUCAUGGCCUCUCACCAGAUUAAGACUAUCCUCAGGGGCAUUCAGAAAUCUGAACCCACACGUACAUCACAGAGGCUACCCAUAGACAACCAUAUUUUCAAAGCAUUGUCUAACCUGCUCGAUUUAAAACCUUUUGACACCAACACAAAUUCUGUCAUCAAAGCAGCAAUCUACAUAACUUUCUAUGGAUUCCUAAGACCUAGAGAAUUCACUACGACCAACGCCACACAAUCUACUCCUAUUCUCCUCUAUUCCCACUUAACAAAACCCAUGGAUCAUUACAUCCUCACUCCAAGACCAGUCAGCAAGCUCCAGUAAAAAUAGCAUACUAUCCUACGCACAACAGGUGGUGCCCAGUCACGAUCUUUGAUGCAUACAUACAACAUCAUAACUCCAUCAAAACCAUUAUUCAUUUUACAAAGUUCGGUACUCACCACUACAACCUUCAUGAUCUACGUCAGGUCUUUACUCACGCAGCUAGGCCUCAACCCAGCUAACUACUCAGGGCACUCGUUCCGCAUAGGGGCAGCAUAUACGGCCUCCAGUGUUAACAUUCCAGUUCAUGUUAUAAAAGCACUGGGGCGCUGAAAAUCAUCCGCUUACUCACAGUACAUACCGAACCCAGUACAAGAAUUAAGGAAUGCAUUCAAAGACAUGUCUAGUUGAUAUGUGUAUUUGUAUUGGUUGUCUGUAAUAAAUUUGAUUAUUUAAUUUUGCCCUCUUCUUUCUCAGGCCUACCUCAUCGUCGGUUCCGGCACACCACAACCGACUUGCUCUUUUAUACCAUCCUACGUUCAUUAUGGUAUUUUACUCUGUACUAUCAUAAGCACCUAACACAAAUAUUAAGGCCAUUUGGCCUGUAAUUGUGGGAGGUGCUUGUUAUUCACUGCUGGCCUACUUAAGAGACACCCCUUACCUGGCUCCAUACCGUUCAAGGUCAGCGUUGAAUGACCCUCCCACCACACCACAUUAUAAAUAAUUAUUUUCAUUUUUCAUUUCUUUUUCCUUGGUAAGCCCUCUUCUUUCUCAGGCCUACCUCAUUGUCGGUUCCGGCACACCACAACCGACUUGCUCUUUUAUACCAUCCUACGUUCAUUAUGGUAUUUUAUUCUGUACUAUCAUAAGCACCUAACACAAAUAUAUAUAUAUAAAAAUUUUAUUAUUUUUAUAUAUUUAUAUAUAUAUAUAUAUGUGGCUGAUUAGAGUCUACAUGUCUGCAUUUGGGGAUCCGGAAAAUAAAAUAAUCGAUUGCAAAUCAGACCAACUAUGCUGGUUGCCUAGAAAAUGGUGAAUAAAGUAAAACAUUGGCUUGUUGACGUUUAACCCUAGAUAUCUGAAGGAACUUGAAGUCCAGUAUAUUCCCAGUUUCCCCUAUCAUUGUCAUUAACUUGCCAAUGGAGUGUUUCUAUAUGUAUAUACAAUUUUUAAUUUAGAAAAAAAAAUGCCAAGUCAUCAUUGCUUUAAUUUACACAGAUGUCACAUAUUGUGGACUUUUUUUUUUUUUUAUAGCUUUUUGAUAUUUUUAAAGGGACACUAUAGUUACCUGAACAACUUUAGCUUAAUGAAGCAGUUUUGGUGUAUAGAACAUGCCCCUGCAGCCUCACUGCUCAAUCCUCUGCCAUUUAGGAGUUAAAUCCCUUUGUUUAUGAACCCUAGUCACACCUCCCUGCAUGUGACUUGCACAGCCUUCCAUAAACACUUCCUGUAAAGAGAGCCCUAUUUAGGCUUUCUUUAUUGCAAGUUCUGUUUAAUUAAGAUUUUCUUAUCCCCUGCUAUGUCAAUAGCUUGCUAGACCCUGCAAGAGCCCCCUGUAUGUGAUUAAAGUUCAAUUUAGAGAUUGAGAUACAAUUAUUUAAGGUAAAUUACAUCUGUUUGAAAGUGAAACCAGUUUUUUUUUUUUUGAUGCAGGCUCUGUCAAUCAUAGCCAGGGGAGGUGUGGCUAGGGCUGCAUAAACAGAAACAACGUGAUUUAACUCCUAAAUGACAGUGAAUUGAGCAGUGAAAUUGCAGGGGAAUGAUCUAUACACUAAAACUGCUUUAUUUAGCUAAAGUAAUUUAGGUGACUAUAGUGUUCCUUUAAAUAAUCAAGAUUUUAUAUUUUAAAAUAAUCAAGACUAAGCAUUGUUGCAUCAUUUUGUUUUUUUAUUGCCAAAGGGAUUUGUGCAGUUUAUUAAAUAAAAAAAAUAAAAACAAUAAAAAAUAAAUAUAAACUUGUGGAAUAUAUAAGCAUUUUAUACAGGAAGUUUAUUCGGCCAGGUAUUAAGCCAAAAGAAUGUUGAACUGCAAAUAUUUAGGAUCACGUCAAAUCCAGUUUUCUGUCAUCUUUUCUUAGUAUGUAAAUUUAAAUAGUCAAAGUAUCUGCUAAAGCUCAGAACUCUUUAACAGUAUUACAAACACCUUUUACAAUGUAUUCACUGCACAGUAAAUGUGACGAUUUACAUGGAUACAAACCAUAUACCAACCUGUAUAUUAAAUGUCUGACAGGCUGACACAAACUACCAUUGACGCCAUGCUUGUAUACUGAUACGUUUAUUUUAUUUGUAUUUGUUUUUUUAUAAAUAUAUUUUUGUAUUGUUUAAAUAAACAUCAAACAGUCUAUCUAUUUCAGGGGUGCCCAAAAGGUAGACCCCCAGAUGUUGUAGAACUUAAACUUCCAUGAUGCUUUGCAUGCCUUUAGAAUGCUUUAGAACAGGGGUCCUCAAACUCCUGCCCCCCAGAUGUUGCUGAACUACAACUUCCAUGAUUCUUUGGCUAUCUAUGUAAUUUAAAGAAUCAUGGGAGUUGUAGUUCAGCGACAUCUGGAGGGCCACAGUUUGAAGAACUCUGCUUUAGAAUGACAAAGCAUCACGGAAGCUGUAGUUUUAAAACAUCUGGGAUCUACCUUUUGGGAUUUCUUGAAAAUUUUGAGUUUACGUACAUUAUCACUUGAUGCCUAGCUAAACCUUUCUCAUACUGCGAAGGCAGAGCAGAAGGACGCCAAGGGCAGAGCUAUUGAAUUCCAGAGCCCCAACUUCAGUGUUAGGACACUCUUGCUACAUAAUACCAAUGAGCUGAAGUUGUUAUGGUGGUGAGAUUGUUCCUUUAAAAAAAACAAAAAAAACACAUACACACACACACUCUCUCUCUUUAUCUCCAACUUUCUAUUUCUUUAAAGCUCCUGCAGUUUGGUGUGUGAAAGGGAUGCCAAUCUUUAUUCUUUAUCAUGUUUUUAUGCUAAUUGUUUUUGAAUGUUGAAGAGGGAAAAAAGUGCAAUAUAUAAUAAUUAUUUAAUAUAUAAUAAAUAUAGAUAAUGGCUUUAUCUAUUUUUUUUAUGUAUUUUUUUUUUAUUUGAAAAGCUUAUUUGUACGAGCUCAUAAGCAAAAAUGAACAAUAAUGACAAUAGACAUUGUGAUUUUGUUACAGAAUACAUGGAGGAGGAUUGAGACAUUAAUGUAAACAAAUAACACAUAAUUGAUAACAGCUUAGCGUAUUGGAUCCUUAUGAGCAUGUUGAUUGGUACAGAGUAAGUUGGUGUCUACCAACUGAGUCGUACAGUAAAUUGGUUGGCAUGUAGUCUGUAUUGGGGGAUAGUGGAAAUAAUUCUGGGCUCUAUGAGAGAGUGUGGUAUAGUCAAUCCAUCCAUGUUGACGGGGAUUCUGGCAUUGGAGGGUGAAGUGAUCAAUGGUUGUAAAUUAGCACUGGCGAGAAUGGGAGGGGGGAGAGAGGGUAAAGAAGGGUAAUAGAGGUGGGAAGAGAAGGGGUGCAGGAAAGUGAGUUGGUAAGAGGAGGGGAAAAGAGAUAAAGAGGAAGAAGGGGGGGGGAGGUGGAAAAGGGGUGUGUAGAUUGGUGGACGAUGUCCGCCCCAUCUCUCCGCCACCCCACAGACACCACCGCUGCGUUGCGUCAUUCAUCCAAUGGAGAUUGGACCUAGACCAGAUUUGGUCCUGUAUGUUACCGUGGUGUCAGAGGUGCGGUCAGAUCUGUUAUAUCAGCAGUUAACGGUCUAGACUCCAGUUUUACUCAUCUGGUAAUCCGCCAUAGUGUUCAAUGAAUCCAGAUCUUCUUGUAUAUCUGAUUUCUCCCACCUCACGUCAUGAUAAGGACCAUGGUCCUUAUGUCCGGUUCCGCCAUACGUAUUUCGUGAAAGUACUGUGUAUCUGAGCGCAGAAAGUCUGGGGGACGAAGAUGGGAAGCGUCUGUAGGAGAUAUAGGAAGCUUGGGAGCAUGUUCAUUUUUAGAACAUUCACUUUUCCAAGCCAGGUGAUGUGCGGCACGGACUAUUCCUCCAAAUUCUUAAAUAUGCGGUCUAGGGGAGGGAAGUUGCAUCUGAAUUUGUGAGAAAUGUCCGCAGUGAUCCAGAUGUCUAGAUACUUUAUCACAUCUUUACACCAUUCCAUCGGGAAUUGCGCCUUCAGAGAGGUGAUCAAGGUACGGUCACAGCCGAAGUGUAAUAUUUUGGAUUUUGAGUAAUUGAUUUGGAGGUUUGAAAGUGAGCUAUACUUUUUGAAUUCAUGCAUAAUGGAGAGUGAAAAUUGUGGGUUCUGAAUAGUGAAUAAUAAGUCGUCAGCAUAGGCAGAGAUCUUGCUUACUCCCCACUUGCUGCGUAUGCAUGUGAUGUCUUGCCUUUCGCACACUGCAUUUAGAAAGGGUUCCAGGCUGAGGACGAACAGCAGAGGGCAACCCUGUCGAGUGCCAUUUCAUAUAUGGAACGGAUGGGACAGUGUGCUAUUCACGUAUACCCGUGAUGACGGAUUAUUCUACAAGUCUACGAUCCAUGCCCUCAUUUUUGCACCUAAUCCCAUUUGCUGCAAUGUCGCAAACAGGAAAGUCCACUCUACCCUGUCAAAUGCCUUCUCCGCAUCUGUGGAUACCAGGAGUGUUGGUGAAGAUCAUGUCCGGGCUUUGUGUGUCAAAUUGAGUACUUUGGUAGUGUUAUUCUCUAUUUUUUACAAACCCCACCUGGUCUGGGUGGAUCAGUUUCAGUAGAAUAGGUUGGAUGCUAAGAGCUAGGAUCUUCGCAAAUAGUUUCAGGUUGGUGUUCAACAGGGAGAUUGGCUUGUAGCUGGGGCAUGCGGUGGGGUCUUUACCCUCCUUCGGGAGCACCACUAUGUGUGCCAUUAAUGUGUUGGGGUCGAGGGUACCUCCAUCCUUGAUCGUAUUAAACAUGUUGAGUAGGUGGGGUGCAAGAUUUUUGAAAUAUGUUCUAUAUAUUUGAUGGUGAGGCCAUCUGGCCCUGGGCUCUUCCCAUUUUCAGCCAGUUUCAGAGCCAAGGACAGAUUUUCUGCUGUGAUCGGUUCAUUCAGGGAGCGAAUUGUGUCUGCUUUGAUCCUGGAUUUGAGGUGUGUGGUGAGGUAUGUGUUUUGAUUAGUAAGUCUGUUUAAGUCGUGGUCUCCAGUUUCCGUGUCGUGCUUGGGUAGGUUGUAUAGGGAUUUGUAAGACAGGCGGAAGCCCUCCGGAAUCGCGGGUAGUUCCGUUGUGCUUGAUUUCGGAUAUAAAGCACUUCUGACAGUUUUUUUUUUUCCUCAAGGCUCUAACUAGAAUUUUUCCGCUUUGGUUACCAUAUUCAUAGAACGCUUUUUCGGCCAAGCAAAAUUUAAAUGCGAUCUUAUGGGAGAGGUGUGAGUUCAGGUCCGCCCUGGCCAGGACCAGUUGCUUAUAUGUGUCUUCGUCUAGAGUGUGUUUAUGUAGUUUUUCCAGGUCUGCUAUUUUCAACGUAAGGUCAGCUAUUUCCUGUGAGCGUUGUUUUUUGUGUUGUGCCCCAUGUCAAAUCAGGAGACCUGGAACCGUGCAUUUAUGUGCUUCCUAUAUAGUCUCCGGAGUGCAGUCCGGUCUUUGGUUUGUGAGGAAGAAUUGUUCUAACUGGGUUUGAAGUUCUGUUUUGAUCAGGGGGUCUUCUAUCAAUGACUCGUUGAGUCUCCAUACCCAGGGUUUCUGGAAAGGGAUGGGUGACGUAAUUGUGAUGAUGAUGGGGGCGGAGUCCAUGUAUGGGGUAGGGAGAGGUGAGAGAGAAGAGAGGAGAAAAAAGGGGGGAGGAGGGGCGAGAGUGAAAGUAAAGGGAGACCACUCAAGUGCACCCAGCGAGUACGCCGAGCUGGCUCCCAGCUAGGGGCACGUGAGGGAGCGGUAGCUGUAAGGGCGGAAAAUUGAGGUGGUAAGAGUGCCAGUGAGGUCUUGGGGUUGUAUUGGGUAGUGCGAGUUAUGGAGGGAGAAAAGCCCUAUAUGUGUCGUCCCCGGUCACCUGUUUGCCCUCUUGUGAUAUGAUGGAGAGAGAAGAGAGAAAAAAAAAGGGGGGUAAUUUGCGGGUUUGCCAGGGGGAGAAUGCUCCUAGCACCCUUAUCCAGUGGUGUUUGAGUAAACCUGUGUAGGUGUUGGUGGUGUGUCCCAAGUCAGUUGUGAGUGACCAAUUAACUGUUACAAAAAAUGGUGCAGUCGUCCAAACCCUACUGCCAAUGAGCAAAGUGAUCGGAAAACAACAAAGAUAUAGCAUCAAGUUAACUUAACAACAUUUUCCAACAAUUUUCAAUUACCAAUUAUUUAACCAGAAUAUGUACCUACAAUUGGAGAUAAGUAUAUCCAAUGGAAACCAGCCACUAGGAGACCUGUUCUGUCGCUUGUGCCUUGCAAGUAAUAAUUAGCAAUCGACUGAGUAAUACUUCUCUAGGAGGUAAUGUGGGUGGCUUAGAGAAGGAAGAAAGAGAGUAAAAAAUAAAUAAAGGGAAAGGGCAGAGAAGGGGGGGAAGAACACAUUAACUGUCCGUUUGGCGAGUUAUAGUAUUUAUACACAUUCCUGAGUACUUUUGAUCUGGUCAGGCCUGCAGUUUUAAAACCUAGGCCACCCUUGCAUCUAACAUAAGCACAUGUGAGAAGGAGAUGGAAGAGAAUGGGGCGGGGGUAGGAGGGAGAGAGAAAAAAAGUAAAAAAAAAAAAAAUGUAUUGAAAAGAGUAUCAAUGGGAAAGUAUGGAAUGCCUUUGCUUUCCCCAGGACACAAAAUCUAAUCAAGACUGUUGGAAGGUCCAUCAGGCUAUUUAUGAUCUAUGCUACGCUCUCUGCUGAAAGUGCUGCCAGUUAGAGCAUUAUUGGAACAGCUGUGAGGUAUGAGGGUCCGGUAAUACAGCUCGUGCCGCAGCUGCGGUCACCCAUGCACACUUGGUAUCUGUGUUGGUUGAAAUAGUGCGAGUAGGCCAUGGGCCUAGAUGUGUGAGUGUACGGGCCUACGCUUGGUGUCUUCAUAGUUAGACGUUUGCUGUCAACUUUCUGUGCUAGAGUGUUGUCAGUAUGCUAUAUACCAAAGUGUGCUAUUUUUUGGUAUUUCCGAACUGGGCCUUUGUCUCUAGCUGUUAUGUAGAUCUUCAACAUGGUGCCGCAGGUCUGUGAACUGUCUGGCAUGUGUGUCCAUGAUCUUGAGUGGUGAGCAUGCUGCCACAGGGCCUGCGGUUUUCAGGGCCUUCACCCUCCCCUCUAGGUCUGUCAAAGAGGUGCGGAGUGUAGCAAUCUCCGUUCGGAGAGUGGAUUUUACCUCCUGCACUAUUGUCUGGAGAUGCUCCUUCUUAGGGAGCAACGCGAAAAAUGCAUACCAGUCUGGGGUAGUCUUUCCCUGUGUGCAGGCAUCUGUCAGCUGGCUGUCCUUCGAGACGGUGAGGCCCGGGGAAGAGGGCGCCACAUGUGAGGCCUCGUGUUGCGAUGCAAGGAUCCCUGGGGUUUGCAGGUAACUGUGGAUGGACGCUGAUGGAGCCUUUCCUUGCAGCCUGGGUGUUGAGGGGGUCAUUUGUAGGCAUUUUGUUCGGCCUAUGGGUUCUUAGUUGUUGUGGUAUGAGGCUGAUUGAAGCAGCAGAGUUUGGAGCUUGGGAUUCAAGUGGCCAUUCUCAUUUUGCGCCAAGCCAUGCCCCCUAUAUAAGAAUUUUAAUACAUUAUUAAUAAUAAUAAUUAUUUAUUUUUCACUUUUGGCCAUGUGGAAUUUACUGAUAUUAAGGUUACAAAAUCAGUUUACAUUGAGUCACUUGCUAUCCUACGGCUUCAUUAUAAUCAUUCCUCUUGUUGCCAAGGAUUAAUCUGCGGGCAACCAUCAAUUACCAAAGUCAAAUCUGUUAUGAUCGUUGUAUUUAGUUAAGCGGAAGUCUGUGUCUGAUGUUUUGUCUCUCAGUCUGAGUGUCUAAAUGUGUUCUGAUGGUUCUAUAAUAGCAGCCAUUGAUGACUUUCAUUUGCUAAGCGAAUGCAUGCACUUGUUUUUCCAGGGAAAGUCAUGACACUAUUGGACAGAAAACAUUUUCACUGCAGAGACAAAUAUUUUUUAAACUGCUUUUCAAUGCCAUGAGCUGUAUGUUUGUGGGGGUUUUUUACAAUGAAGAACAACUUCACUGACUUUGUUUUUAUUGCAUAUAGAAAAAAACACUGUAUUACUAUUGGUAUUUAUAUAGCGCCAACAUAUUACGUAGAGAUUUUCAAUAUUAUAAGAGGGAAAUUUAACAAUAAAUGAGACAAUUACAAAAUGUUACAGGAACAAUAGGUCGAUGAGGAUUCAGCUCAAACGAGCUUACAGUCUAGAGAAUAAAAUCUAUAUAAUUUUUAGGGGCUGUUCAUUAAUUUCUGAUCUGACAACGAUCAAGUCUAUAAUUUAUAUGACAAAAUAAAAGCAACUUUGUAAGUGGUCUAAUGGAAUUACUUACAGGUGCACUUCAUGUGGCUGCCUUAACCAAGAGAUAAAGGAGAAUCGUCACACGAAUCUUAAUUGCCCAUAAUUUGUUAAAGUUGUUUUGGUUUAAAUAUAUAUUGAUAUUUGAAAGAAAUGACAUUCCAAUCUAGCUCACUACAGGCACAGCUAUGGCACACAAUGCAAAUGAGGAGAACAGAAUUUUUUUUUUUUUUUCAUUUUCUACGUUCAGUGAUACUUACAUUAAUGGCAGAAAAAGGCAACAUUAAUAAAAAAUGACUGUCAGUGAGCCAAGAUGGAGAUUCCCAAUUGCAGGAUAGAGAUAGAGUUGCAGGAUAGAGUGGUAAAUACAGCAGUGUGGACGGCUACAUAUUUAUUUUUCAGACCUCACAAAGAGAUCACUGUUAUAUACAAGGAUCAGUAAACCUAUUAUGAAAAAUCCUAGAAAAUGGCAGUUUCACUUUAAAGUAUUUAUAUAAGUAUCUAAAAUCAGGGCUCAAAAUUUCUACUAGCAAUCGGUGAGCAAAAAUGUAACCCUAGUGAGUAGACAUUCACCCCAGGUGAAUGUGCCAUGGACUCUCCAGGCUUGCACAGCAAGUAACUUUAAAGGCCUGGCUAAUGGCAAAGGACUUGAUAUUUAAUCCAGGAGCUAUUUAUAUCAGACUUUUAGACCUUUUACAACUUUUAUCUUGGCAACAUGCUGGAAAGAUGACUGUUCUUAUAUGGAAAUUGUCAUUGUUUCUCGUUAAUUUGUCAUCCGGAUUACAUAUUUACAUACACUUUAUUUACACAUUUUGUAAGUCUUUCAAACUGUACUAUUUAUGAGAUACCUGAACUUGCAUUAAUAAACUAAAAGCAUAUAGUAGAAUAUCUGAUUUUAUAAACCACUUUAAAACAAGGUGAUUAACGUGUAUGACACAUUAUUUAAUUGUAGCCCAAGUUUGUACAUGCAGUGUUAAUAUUUUUUUUUUAUGUUCUGUUUUGUUAUGCAUUACUUAGACGCGUAGAACGUAGAAUUUAUCUGCACUUAACAAAUGUGGUUUCAUACGUCAGAUGAUGUUGUUUGAAAGUGUUGUUUGUUUUUUUCUAGUUAAAUCAAAGAAUCUAAUCACCUAUUAUUCCUGUAAUAUUUUGUAUUUGUCAAAUGCAUUGUUAAAUUUCCACCUUUUAUAAUAUUGUAAAGCACAGCAGAAUAAGGUGGUGCUAUAUAAAUGCCAAUGAUAAUAAUAAUAUUACUAAACUGCAAUGUUUUGUGCUAGGAGUGAAUGUAUCUUUAAACUGUACUUUUGGGAGCAUUUGCUUAAUACCUUAGAAAUAAUAUUAAAUGUUAAGGUCAUUUGUUACAGUGGGUGGGAAAAUGUACAAUGCAAAAAAAAAAAUGCACACCAAUUUCUUAAUUAAAGAACACAAGGGAGAGUAACAUAGAAAACUGAUCCCUAGUGUCUACAAAGACCACACGCAACCAUAACUCCCAUAAAGUGUAAACAAAUUGAAAUCUGUUAUUUUAAGUGGUUUAAAUAAAUGUUAAUGUUCUUAGGGAAUAAAUUGUUUUGCAAAAAAAAUAAACAUUUACUGAAACCAUAAUAUCUUCCGAUCAAUUGAUACUCUGGGGCUUUACAAUUAAUAUAUUUCUGAAAUACAUGGACCACUCCCUUUGUAAAGAACUGGUUUGCACUAUCACAUUUCAGAGUUCCACUGACCCAUCAAAUUUUAUGGACUUAUUCAGUAUCCGCAGAGUAUUGCUAGCACUGAUAUGUCCAUCCCUAAUACUGAAUAAAAGCAGAUAAGUCAUCUGGUCCACCUGUCAAGCCAUUCCCUAUUAAAAAGCAAAUGUUUUAUUCUUUAUUCUGUUUCACAAUAAGGCAAGUCACAUCAUCCAACCCAUCUGCUUGUAACCUUUUCCCCUUGCCCAUCCUCAUCUUAUGGCCAUCUCUGCUCCAACUGUAGCUCUUCACCACCUCUGUUCCUUGCACCACCUGUCCUCCUCUCUUCUUCCACCAUCUCCAACAGGGGAUCCAUAUUGUUUUGUUACUAAAGAUGACACAUGGUCAAUUCUCUCAUCUUAAAGGAGCACUAUAAGGUCAGGAACACAAACAUGUAUUCCUGACCCUAUAGGGUUAAAACCACCAUCCUGCCAUCCUGGUCCCCUCAUGCCUCCCUAAAAAUAGCAAAAUCUUACUUGUAUUUAAGUCUGGAGUUGCUAGCUCUGGCUCUCUUUCCUUUAGACCUGCCCACUGCCUGCUGACAUAAGCAGAAGUGUUAGCCUGAACAAUCACAGUGCUUCUCCAUAGGAUUGGCUGAGACUGACAAAGAGGCAGAUCAGGGGCUGUAGAAUAUUGCAUAUUCUAUGUUUCUAUUAAUUAUAUAUGGAUGUGUGGAUUGACAUAACUAACAGAUGGUAUCAAUAAGUCACAAGGCUUUCUUUGUCCGAGAGCUCUGGAAUGUGGAUUCGGGGGUCUUGUCCUUAUAUGGCAAGAGUUAAACGCUGACGUUAGUAUUAGCACAUCUAUAUAGUAACAGAGGGACACGAGGUCGCUGUCUUAGCUUGGCUCUUGGCUCUGUACAACGAUGUAACUCUCCCAUCAGAAGUCCAGCAAUUACCAUCUGCUGUUGAAUGUCCAUUAUCCUGUAACAUCAUUUAUUAUGUUUUAUUAUGUAUCUGUAACAAAGAAUAAACCUGAAGAAACCGUAAGUCAGAUUGCGUAUUACUACUUUUCAAUAAUAUAGACAUAUAUUAUUGUGGCGAGCAUUUGGCCCAAGAAUAUAUAUACAAAAGACGUAUAUAUAUCAAUCAAUUGAAGACCAGAAGAAAUUAAGAAGAUUCUACAUUAACCCCAUUCCAAAAUUUAGAUUUUACAGGGGCAAAGCCAGCAUGAUUCAAACACAGCCCUGGCCAAUCAGCAUCUCCUCAUAGAGAUGAAUUGAAUCAAUGAAUCUCUAUGAGGAAAGUUCAGUGUCUGCAUGCAGACGGAGGAGACACUGAAUGUUUGGAUGCAUUUUAGGCAGCCAUGACCCAGGAAUGAUCUCUAACAGCCAUCUAAGGAGUGGCCAGUAGAGUUAUCACUAGGCUGUACUGUAAACACUGCAUUUUCUCUGAAAAGUCAGUGUUUACAGCAAAAAGCCUGAAGGUAAUGAUUCUACUCACUAGAACAAAUUCAAUAAGCUGUAGUUGUUCUGGUGACUAAAGUGUCCUUUUAAAUAUAUUAAAAUAAUGCAGACUCUUUUCAUGUUGGCCUUUGUGUGAGCUGUUCCACUACCAAGUUAACUUAUGGUGAAUCUUUGGCAGCCCGUAUGGCAUUUUAAGAGUCAUGGUGAACACAAGCUACAAACAUCUAGAAUUCCAAAGAUUGUCUUUCACUGCUGUAAAUUUAUGAUUGCUGCUCCACAUUUCCCUAGAAUAUUGGCAGCCUAUAGAAGCUGUUCUGGCAGCCAUUCUGUGAAGGAAAUUCCAGAUGGUAACAUUGAAGCAGGUUCCUUUUGAGGCAUAGAAGGUCUUAUAGUCAGAGGAAGAAACACAGCAAUCCCCCAUGUUCUAUUGUCCCGGGUGCCUGUAGGGCAGAUAUGAUAACCCUCUGCACCUAUUACAUUAUCCUGUAUUUAUAUACACCUGUGCCAAUAACUUUAAAAAUGUCUUUCCUUCUACCAUCUGUUCAAUAAAUCCUUCUUGAUCAUCAUAGCUAAUUAUUAUACUAUACCACUUCUACAUUCAUCACAUUAAAUUCUGGGGUUUUUUUUUUCAAAGAGGUGUUGUUUGUAAAAUUGUCAUUCACAACCAGCCCGAUUAACUUUACUUUUUUCUGUUGCGUUGCAACUUGGGACUAGUUGGUUGGACAGUGCACCGUUUCUUUUUGUUGAAGAAUUAAAAGCUUCCCACACUAACAGCUCUGUGGAAAUCUUCUGUGUACUAACCAUUUCCAGGUUGUUUGUAGACACGCUUGAUCUUAAAUCUCCUUCUCCUGUUACUUUGUUAGUAUUGAUUUGUUUUCUGCAAUGCACCAUUGGUAAAAAGAUUAGCUGUAAUAUGAAGGCAUUUAGGCCUCAGAGAUUAAAUUACAGAACGCAACUGUGUGAUUUUUCUGGGAACAAAUACAAGCAAGUGAAAUGUCAAAUUAAAUUUAACUUAUCAUCUUCUGGUCAAUUCCACAUCUUCCAAAUUUUUGACAGGCCUUUUAAAGUACAAUUAUCCAAAAAACAACACAAUGGGCUAGUUGAAUUUUUGGAAAUGCAUAGAUUAAAUAUUCUGGUAAAUUUGCGGCAUGUAUGAUCCUCUAUCUAGGAAGGAGUAGAAUUAAGUCUGAAUUACAGCACAUAUUUUAAACACCUUGCCAAUCAACAAGUGCUAUUGUUUUUAGGAUAGUGUUUUAUAAUCUUACUAGCAGUGAUGUUUAUGCAGGUCUUUUCACAAGGUAGCCCAUUUUACUUGCUAUGGUUAUUAGGUCUAUAUUAUCUUAUAGCUCCUUCUUUCUGCUGAUUCUGAAAGUCUCAAUGUUAUUGAACCUCGGGUUCUCUUCCUUUUAACUCGUGACCCCCACUAUCUGCGAAGUUACUUGGCAGGGUCAGGCAAACCUGGAAAGAAAUGGUUUUAAAUGUGAUUUAAAAAAAAAAAAAAUCCCUACACUUAAUUACCAUUAACUUGAAAACUGGACUAAUUUUUUAAAUGAAAAGCCAGUGGGAUCAUUAAACAGAACAGUUUCACAACAGUGGUCUUACGUGUCAAAUUGCUGCAACAAUAAAAACUGGGCCAGCUUUUUUUUUUUUCAGUUUAGAGAAAUAAAAUAAAGAUCACAUAUCUCACCUGUCUUAAAAAUCAGGCGACCUUAUUUCAAUCUCUUGCUGCAGAGGUUAUAUUCCUCAAUAUAUAAAAGUAGAAAUUAAUCAAUACACUGCUCUGUGAGCGGACCACCUUUACAAGCUACCCACCACGAUUGAUUACAAUUGCCUUUGCAAGUUUUUAAAAGGGACAAUCUGCAUUAAGAACAUUCUUCUGUUCGGGUUACUGCAGCUUCAAAUGAGUUUCCAUGGGGCUGCCCUGAAAUUUGACCACUGGAGGAAUUGUAGUAAUCACAAGAGAAACAGGAUGGCAAGGCAAAGGAAAGGCUAGUAGGUGAGCAGUUGUUGUCAUGCAGGGCUGAAAGGCUUUCUAGCGACUUUAAUCAUUUUGCCCAUUGCCUAUAGCAUAGGGAGGGAAAUACAAAGUGUAGUCAAGUUAAAGCCUUUUGAAAAGUGCAGACGAGCACACUGCCUUCAGAACUGUUGCAUCAUUGUUGUUUUUGGAUGAUAAAAAGAUUAGUCUGUGUGUUUAUUUUAUUUAUUAUGUUUAACAACCGGGUAUUGAGACUUUCUUCAUUUUGCACAAUGCAAUAAUAUUAAAUAGGUCCUUAAAUACGUGGUGCAAAAAGUAUACAGAUAAUUUAAUUCUUUUGAUGAUAAAUGGAGUUUUAAGAGUCUGUUAAUGUUUUACAAAGAAAUACAGGUAUAUUUAUGUAUUUAUUUAUUUUUGCAAAGUAAUUGCUAUGAGCCAGAUUUCGUCUAAUAACAUGUUAUGUGGUUUGUUGAGGUGACUUUAAAGGGGUACUAACAUGGACAGAGCUUAAUUUGUGUAACUGAUCUUGGUUAAAGGAACACUGCACACAAAGAAAUUGCCACUUUUUAUAAUUGGUAGCAGAAACUGACAGCCAUAGAAGUUGUCUUCAACAUCCAUUAGCUCCACAGAGCUGAUGAAAGAAGGAGGUGCGCUAAGCUAGAGGGCGUCUGCCUUUCCCUCUUCUCACUAAACCGGAUUAAAGUCCUUUGAGAAGAAUAGGAAAACUGUAAUCUUGUGCGUGCCUGUCUCACUCAUGACUCUAGUACAGAGACUUGUCAACGAGAAGCCGCUGAUUGGUGUAUUCCCCAACAUCUGUGCCUAUGGGAAAAAGGGAAGUUUCGUAAAGGCUGCAGAUAAGUUCUGUAGCUUUUGCAAGUUCUUUUUAGAUUGCCCCCCAAAUAAAACAUGGAGAAAUAUAUACAAGCAUGUUUUCGUUAGGGUAUAUCUACUAAAUUGUUUUGUUUUUCUAUAUUCUAACAGUGUGUUUUCUUUUUAAUGGUUGUGUUGUAGAAACAUUUUCAUUACUCUUUACGCAAUUGUUGUGGUUUGUUUGUUUUUUCUUUUCCUGCCGUGACAGAGAUUUCGUACGUUAUGUCAAAAUGCUGUCACUAUGUACAUAGUCAAUUUACUGGUUAGUUUUCAAGCAGCAAAGCAAAACAUAAUUAAAAAAGUAUUUUUUUUUUUUUUUUUAGGUUUUAUAUAAAAUAUGCCUGCAGCAAUCAACAGGUGUUCAUUAUUGGAUUAGAACUAUGAUCUUGAAUAAGUGGAAGCUUCAUUAUGGGAACAUUAAUGUGCCUGAGCAAAGGGGUGGGUUUUUUUGUGUGCAUUUUUUUUUUUUUUUUUUAAAUGGUAGUUUAAAAGGCAGUGUCUGUGUGCUAAAACUGCAACUUUGCAUCCAAUCUUUGUGUAAAUACAGAUUUUCCAUGCUGGCAGAUGCAUUUCUUUUUUGCUCAGCAAUUGGCCGUUAACUUGGCUCAUCGAGUUUUGGAGUGUUCUACUCUGUAAACGUGCAUUUGUUUUUUUGGUUUUUUUUGGUUUACACAAGCAAUCAGCCAUCAUUCGAUGUAGACUUGAAAUGCAUGUGUGCAACAUUCAAAUAUUUGGAUGCUGAAAGGAGAGGAGAUGAUAUUUCCAUGCUGAGAUGUUGGGCAUUGAGUGACAGACUAAACACUGCAGCAGUUUUUGUAAAUGUAGGGUGCUUGUAGGUGUCCCUUCUUGUGUAGUGCCCACAAACCUUUAUUUCCGCAAGCUUCACUUUGUACUAAGACAGCUUUUAUUUCAGCAUUGGCAAAACACAAAUCAGCUUGGCCUGCGUGUCAUUUCUGUUCAGUAAGCCAUGAUUUUGAACGGAAAUACUGAUAAUAUAUACAGUGACUUAAUCAUUUACAGUAUAUACAGUAAUUUAAUAAUGAGCAGUGUUCUCUCGGUAAAGCCCUCUCACCACUUUGUCUUAAAGGCUGCUAGUUGGAGUCUUUUGACCCUCACAAGGAUGAAGUAAAUGAUCAGCGUAUCUCUAUAAAUGAUGGGUACUUUGUGAUAUCAUAGAGCUAACUAAGAUGUCACACUACAUGACACAAAACUAGUUGAGGAUUGCCUUUUGCUAUUCAGGUCCAAUGAAUACCAAAGUAUACAUUUUUUCUUUUUUGUUUCUUACGUUAAGCUAGGCUUGUUAUCUCUGUUGUCUGAUCGAUUUCUCGUGAGUUUGAAAAAUAGUCUGUGCGGCAAGCAUUACCCCUUUUUGUAAUUGAAUAUGUUGGGUGUUAAUCAUGAUGACGUUGUUUGGUAUGUAAGCCAUAAAUCAGAUGCUUGUACUGGGCUCUUCCAAUUACAUUGAACUUUAAUUCAUACCCAGCCAGAUAAAUACUUAUUACAAUGUGUUUCAGAGGAGGUUACAAACAUUGUGUGAUACAUGGCUGUCACCAUUGGAUGACCCCUUUGACAAAUUGUUAUCCUUUUUUACUGUUGUAUCCAUGAGCACUGCUGCUACAACAUACACUACUACAACAGGAUUAUUGGCACUGCUAUCUGAUGUGUUUUUGUUUAUUUUUUUAACGUGUAUAAAUAUAGAACCUCUUGCAUUCAAUAACUGCCAAAGUGCCAUGAAAGAUCUCUCAUGCAGAGACUGACAACAAGGGUCAGCAGGCAUGGUAGGUUCAAGUGCCUUAUUGUCUUCUUUAAAGGAUCUCUAUAGUGUCCGGAAAACAAACCCGUUUUCCUGUCACUAUAGUGCCCUAAGAGUGCCCCCUCCCUUACUUAAUCCAGCGCCGGGCCCCCUCGGCACUGGUGACCUCUGCUCCCCCGCCAACGUCAGCUCCCGAGUGGAGCAGAAUGCACAUACCGCGCACAUUCAAAUAGUCCAUAGGAAAGCAUUUCUCAAUGCAUUCCUAUGGACGUUCUGCACGCUGGAUGCGAAUUUCGCAUCCAGCGUCGCAGAUGCGCCUCUGGCGGCUGUGAGGAAGACAGCCACUAGAGGUUGGAUUAACCCUGCUAUGUAAACAUAGCAGUUUCUCUGAAAAUGCUGUGUUUACAUCUGAAGGGUUCAAACUUGAGGGACCUGGCACCCAGACCACUUCAUUGAGCUGAAGUGAUCUGGGUGACUAUAGUGUCCCUUUAAUAUAAGUCAAAGAGAAUACUGAAAUCCAGCUUCUCUUUUUCACAAACAUCUGUUUCUGCUGUUGAUCCAAAAGGUUACAAAAACACUUUGUUGUUUCCACUUGUGCCUCAACGAUUAAAUGCUCCAAGACUAUACAGAUAACUUUUCCUAAACACUGACAAAACUGUAACAAUGGUCUUUGAAACAGUACCUAAAUUACAUAAAUUACAAAAUUCCCAUCUAUGCAUCAGAACAAAAUCACACGGAGUCUGUUCUUUCAAAUACUUUGGUAUGUUGCUAGACCACAAUCUAUCUUUUGACCUCCACAUUGAAAAACCCUCCUGAAACUUUAUCCAAAACCAUGAGCCCUGUACAUAAAUAAAUCCUGCCUAAGUCCCACGGUAAGGAAACAGCGCAACAAACGCUAAUGCCAGUCAUUGAAUAUGAGGGUGUAGUGUAUGCACCUGUGCCACACAGCCACCUUCAUAAACUUACUACGUUGGAUAACUCAUUCUGCCGCAUUUUCUUGGCUGAAGUGUUCAUUUAGAGCUGCACAUAAAUUGGUGCAAAUUUUGUUCAUUAUGUUUUAAAUGGUUAAUGUUAGCAUUAUAUAAAACAUUCUCCCUUGAUUUAUAUUGAUGAAUAUUCAUGGGAAGUUAACACCAAUAACCUGCAUAUAUAAAUAAGAAACUAAUAAAAUGAAAAUAGGUGACUAAGUAGCAGUGGCAAUUAUAUUUAUUCCCACACCACUCCCAGUAAUAAAUGUCACACAGAGUGACUGCAAUCCUAAAUUCCUACUUCAAACAUCUUUACCUGUCCAUCACAUGACGAGAGUGAGAGUGAGAGAGUGUGUGUGUGUGUGUGUGUGUGUAAGUAAAUGUAUGUAAAAUAUCAGUUCUAUUUUGAAUCAUUAAAAAGGCUGGUAAUAUUUACAUUUAAACAGAUCCCAUCAGGCCUCACUGCCUUCCAUCACACAUGCCACACUGCUCUCACUGUUUCUGUUUCUGAAGAGAGUAAACCUGAGGGUAGCUUCCUUUCUAUGACAAAUAGAUUGGUUAAAAGCAAGUGCUUUGUGGAUAAACAUGUGUAUGCUUGUGUGUACAAGUGGAUGUGUCUAUCAGAUUGUGUAUGUGAAAGCAUACCUAUGUUUAUGUCUGUGAGCAUGUACGUGUGUGUCUGGAAGAGUGUGUGAACGUCUGUGUCAGCUGUUCAGCCAGCCAGUGAUUAUAUGAGGUUCCCCAAACAUUCUGAUGAGAUCUCUGCAUACAACCACUCACAACUAUAGAUAUUGUGGUGCAUUGUGUGCCCUGCGUGAUCAUUGUAACUCUUGUAGAAGAUACUUCAGGAUGUAAUAUAUUGUGUUUGUGUAUAUAUAUUUAUAUAUUAUGCACAAACACAGGUUAUGUUAGCUGGGUGUUAUUUCAGUGGGCAGAUCAUGUUUUUCCUGUAUUACACAGUGGGCGAUGUCACAAUGUGAAAUAAAAAAAACAAAAAAAAACAUGUGAGGUGUGAUAUGUUCCAGCCUGUGUGAUUGAGCUACACUCCUAGGCAGCGGCAUAAUUCAGCCCCUCUCCCAUUACUGAUAUGUUGUUAGAGGGGCUGAAGAGGCAUACAUUGUGUCUCUUCACCGCUGCUCUCUCGGCAUAUGGGUGAUGGAAGUUUGGGUUAAUGGCAGCCGCCUCCAAUAAACUGUUUAUGCUUGUGAUUGAGACUCGUUUUGCAAUUGCUGCUAAGAGAGCCCAUUGUCGACAGAGACACAUUGUCAUCUCUUACAAAUCUCCCAGGCCAGGACACACACAUUAAAGGAUCACUAUGGGGUCAGGAACACAAACCUGUAUUCCUGACCCUAUAGUGUUAAAACCACCAUCAUGCCUCCAUAAAUAUAGCAAAAUCUUACUGUAUUCAAGCCUGAAGCUGUAACUCUGCAUGCUGUUUGACUCAGAAAAACAAGCAGUCUGCUUACAUCAGCAGAAGUGUUGGCCUGAUCCAAUCACAAUGCUUCCCCAUAGGAUUGGCUGAGACUGAGAAGGAGGCAGAUCAGUGGCAGAGCCAAAUGAUUCAAACACAGCCCUGGCCAAUCAGCAUCUCCUCAUAUAGAUGAAUUGAAUCAAUGAAUCUCUAUGAAGAAAGUUCAGUGUCUGUAUUAGGCAGCCAUGACCCAGGAAGGAUCUCUAACAGCCAUCUAAGGAGUGGCCAGUGAAGUUAUCACUAGGCUGUAAUGUAAACAUUGCAUUUUCUCUGAAAAAACAGUGUUUACAGCAAAAAGCCUGAAGGUAAUGAUUCUACUCACCAGAACAAAUUCAAUAAGCUGUAGUUGUUCUGGUGACUAUAUUGUCCCUUUAACCCCUUAAGGACCAAACUUCUGGAAUAAAAGGGAAUCAUGACAUGUCACACAUGUCAUGUGUCCUUAAGGGGUUAAGCCCUAGCCCUAAAAAUAUAAAAUAAAAAUAUAUAAAAGACAUAACAUUGAGGAAUAAAUUAGAAGAAAAUAACACUUUUGAUUUUGAGGCUGCUGUAUGUAUAAAUAUAUGCUUUAAUUGAGGUAGACACAUUUUAUGCCAAUAACCUGUCAGUGAUCCAUAAAUCGUUGUUAUUUUUGCAGAUAUGUGCUAAUUGUUUUCCCUCUAAAUAUAUAACCGAAACUUUAAUUUUUGUCAUUUAAUGAUCUUGGAAUUAGAUGCAAUAUUUAUCUGCUUUAAUGAUCACAGAGAAAGUCUUAUAGCUCUCAUCUCCCACUCAUUGUAUAACAUAAUACGUGAUAGUGCUUCCGGACAAUCAUUGCUCACAUCCCGUAGACCACGACAAUAAUUUCAGUCCCGUGGGCUGUUCACUAAAACUGGUUGUGCAACAUUUACUCCAGGAGGUUUCUCAACAAAGGCUGGGAUUUGUUUGUUUUGUACAGCUAUUUGCCAUCCCGGAUUCACUAGUUUUCCUAUGAUUAACGGUAGACAGAUGCAGCAUGAUUAACAGAUACUUUGCAACAGAAGGAUUAGUGCCAGAGGGUUUCCAUGAAACCUCUUUAUCUUAUCGUCAACAUUUUGUAAAAGUGUCUAAAAAAAUUCAGUGUCUAUUGAUCUGAAUUUAAUUCACUGUAAAACUUUUAUUAUUCCAGUUUUUACACAUUUACAGCGCUGCAGGAUUUGUUGGUGCUUUAUAAAUAGUAAUAAUAAUUUAUCUAUAAAAACAUUUUGUUUUUAUAUAUAUAUUUUGGGACUGAUGCUGAUGCAGGAGUAGUGGGAGUUUGAGCACAAGGCUUAAUUUUGUAUGUUAAUAAUUUCAGGUUAGGGAAAGUGUUAUAUGUACACUCUAGAACAUUUGUAAAAAUGCAUGUUUUUGAAUCCUGUUUGUGUAUAUUUGUGCAUACAGAAAGACUGUUUUGGCCCUCCCUAGUCAAUUCUUCUUAGGUGUCUGAACUCUUCUCAAUAUAAAGCACAGGCCACAUUGUCACAGGUACUAACUUACCCCAGAUAGCAAAGCAGUUUUUUAAUGAAUGUUCGUCUGUGUGCUUCGCGUCUUGCUAUAUUAUUUGUUAUAAUCAGGGUUAUAUAGAUUAAAUAUUCCAUGCUGAAUAAAGGUGUGAAAGUAAAUGUCUAAACAAGACUGUUAUGUCCUGAAGACAGUUUUUAUUUUUAUUUUUUUAUUUUUUUGUAAUCUUUAGAGAAACACUUUUUCUAGCAUUAUGAUAAAAAAUUGGACAAGAUGGAAGACAAUAUACAAAAAAAGAUCAAAAUCUGAGCCAGGGUAUUCCAGACCUUUAAAUUAGAAAUCUGUGGUCGAGAAACUCUUUGAAAGGACACAAAGGGAUUAUAAUGAGUUUGUUUGGCAAAAGAAUAUCAGUAUUAGGAUUUAAUAUUAUACCUUGAAAGGAGAAACAGAGAUUUAGCUCCACUUUGUAAACCCAUUAACACACACUGCAGGGAUUCUAUUGCAGCUCUCUUUAUCCUCCAGAAAGAAACAUAGUAUAAUGAGAGAAAUGAUGUCUCGUAAGGUGUUCAAACUUCGUCCGAAAAAAAAAAAAAAUGAAAUCAUGUUUUUAUUACACUGGGUUUAAAAAUAUAAAAAUGGCCAGUGUCCUCUAUCCCAAUAUUUCAGGUGUCUAAAUAUGCAUUUGUGUGGUUGCUAUUAAUGUUAAAUGAUAUCUAUUUUUUAAGAAUGAGGUAUUCUUCUUAAUGAAAAUUGUUUGUGGUUUUUAAGAACGGGAAAUGAAAUCCAAUACAGUACAAACACUCUUUUACUCUCACUAUUUCAAAGUAUAGAUAAAUGAUUUGAUUAUUUUUUUUCCCUCCGGGCUCAACUGGAGUCUUCACUUAGUCAACCGACCUAAUUUUAGUAUUAACACGCAUCAUCCUAUUUAUCUUAACCUAGUCUUUAACAAAGGCUGUGUCUGUGUAGCAAUGUUAGUAAGUUUUCUGAGUGCUUUGAAUAAAUUAUAUUUUGCACAAUGGCUCUGUCUGUAUUCAGUAAUGAACACUCACUGCCACAUGUCCGCACUUGUUUAUAUCCGUGUUCUGUGUUCGUAGAUUUUAAGGAAAUUGAACUUCAUGCUUGUACGUAAACCACAAUACCAUUUGUUUAUAGGAGGGUUGUCCAUUUAUUUGACAAAGUUGGUUGGUUUUCUUUUGUUGUUUUUGGCGUUAAUAUUUAAUGUUCUUCUAGUAAAUAACUUUGUCAGUGAUUCCAAAAGGGAUUACCAGAAUCGAAUAAUAGAGUAUACCUACUGGGCCACCAUCAAAACUCAUUUUAUUUAUUUAUUUUUAAUUAUGUUUCUCUCUGUCAAGCUACAGAAGGGCUAAAAAGGAACACUAGUGUUAGUGAUACAAACCUGUCACUAGUUAAAAAUAGGUCCUCUCCCUGUUUGCAAUUCAAAAAAUAAAGUUUUACUUACCUUUUUACAAUGCCGCAGCUCGCUUGGUGCUGCUCACCUCUCGCAAUGUCACAGUGGAGAUGUGGCCUCCUCGGCUGAUGUCCAAUCCAAUUUUCAUUGAGGAGCAUUGGGGUCCUAACUCAUAUGCGCAGCGAGCAUGCCUUCAAACAUACCCAUAACAAAGGUUUGAAUCAAUGCUUUUCUAUUGGGGUUUCUGCGUCACAUGACCUUGUUUUACUCUGUCAUACUGAAAGCCACUAGAGGUGUACUUAAUUCUGCAAUAUAACCAUUGCAAUGUUGAACACUACAGGGUUAAAAUGGCAUUGAGAUGAAGUGGUCUGGCUGGCUAUAGUGUCCCUUCAAUGACACACCUCUGCCAGACAUAUAUUUAGUCUCUUGUCAGACUUGUUCCUCUCCUUGCACCCAUACCAUCCUUAUUAUAGUAAUAGUAUGUAGCUUUAAAUCCACGAUGUUAUACAAAAUCAUUUUUUUUGUGCAGUUUUUUUUUCUUUUAUCAUUAACCAUUUAUUGUCUUAACAUUGUAUUUAUAGUGGGUAAAAACAACAUCUGACAAAGACCUGUACAUCGAUAACACGUCAGUUGAAGAGUCAUCGGGAGCGUAUCCAAUUGAUGACGAUGAUUACUCUUCUGGAUCUGGCUCUGGUAAAAAGCUAAUUUUCUUUUCUUUCUUUCUUUCUUGAUAGAUAAACUCUUGGACUUAAAAUAUUAUUGUGUUAAAAUAAGUUCAUGGUAUAUUUAUUUUAUUAUCUGAUCUGAUUUUUAAAAAAGAAAAUUAUAAUGCAAGGAUUUGUACUUUAGCUUAUUUAUUGAUGGCAUACUGUCAGUUUCAAGACUUGAAUAAUGAGAAAGUAGGUUUGGGCACACCCAGUAGUUUCUUCAGCAGGUAGACUUUAUUGUGGAGUACAAACAUUUAGACAGAAUUUCGGCUCCCCUGAGCCUUUGUCAAGGCUCUACUGGGUGUGCCCAAACCUACUUUUUUGUUCCACUGGAUUUGUCUGGGCUGGAGCCCUCGCUGUUUUGGAGCACCCUAGUGGGAGUACUCCCAGAAAAACUGUGUGUGCAAUGUCAUCUGAAAAUUCUACAAGACUUGAAGAAUGAGGUCAGGCUCUUCUGUAAGUGGGGACAGAAAAGUAGUUGAGGCCAUCACUUGCCUGGCAGAUGUGUAAGCUUGAAGUAAGGAGAUAAUACUAUUUAAUGGAAACAAAACAAUUUGCAAUUUUCCAUGCACCUGUCUACUCCCCAGUGUGUCCACAUCACAACUCUAGCUGAACCUGGACUAAUAGCUGGGACCAGAUAACUUAAAGGGACACUAUAGUCACCAAAACAACUUCAGCUUCAUGAAGCAGUAUUUGUGUAUAGAUCAUGCUCCUGCACUCUCACUGCUUAAUACUUUGGAGUUAAAUCACAUGGUUUAUACAGUUCUAGGCACACCUCCUUGCAUGUGAUUUGCACAGCCUUCCUAAACACUUCCUGUAAAGAGUCAUCUAAUGUUUAAACUUCCUUUAUUGUAAAUUCUGUUUAAUAUAGAAAUAUAGAAUAGAAUUAGAAUUUAUUUUCUCAUGCUCUGAUAAUAGCUUGCUAGACCCUGCAGGAGCUUCCUGUGUGUAAUUAAAGUUCAAUUUACAGAGCAGGAGAUAAAAACUUUGAAAGUAGGUAAACGUGAUUCAAAAUGAAAUUAUAUUUUUUCAUGUUGGCUGAGUGGCUAUGGGUGUGUGGAAAGAUGAGCUGUUGCUAUGGCUGCAUCAACAGAAACAAAAGUUAUUUAACUCCUAAGUGGCAGUGAAUUGAGAAGUGACACUUCAGAGGCAUAAUCUAUACAUAGAAACUGUUUAAUUAAGCUAAAGUUGUUUUGGUGACUACAGUGUCCCUUAAAUGCUGCAUCUGUUCCAUUGCACCUCCCAGUUCAUUAGCCCUUAGCCUGCCCUUUGCUCUUUUGACAGCAAUCAUUGAUGGUGCCAGCUGACACCUGAGUAUAGGUAUCUGUUUCUAUUAGACUACCAAACCUACACGUGGAGCCUGUACAUAUCUUCCUGUCUCUGUCACUCUUCAUAUUCCUGUUUGUUAAGAGUUGCAUUAAACAGCAGUUGCAGUGUCAGGGAAUAAAAUAUCUCUGGCACUCAAGGUACUCUGCCACAUAGGAAGUAAUACUGUGUGUGUGUGUAUAUUUUUGAAGAAAUGCAUUUGCGUAUAUGUGUAUACUGCUAUUCUUGGUGAGGCUAAUGAUUUGCUGUACAGUACUCCUCCUUCCCCACCAAACAACAUCAUGGAAAUGUGUGGCACAGUCCACAACUCUACAUUGGAAUUGAAAAGGAAUGUUUUACUUUUUAUCCAUUAUUUGACUUCAUAAAAGAAAAAUAUUGACCAAUUUUUGUGCUCAACAGGUGAUGUAGAAACAGAUGACGUGGACGAUAUUGUGGUGUCAACACCUCAACCGGUGCCAGAAAGUCCACCAACUAGUGAUGCUCCAGAAGAUGAGCUUACUACACCAAAAAUACAAACAAAAUUACCAGAAGAAACAGAGGUAUGUAUAUAAUGCAUUAAUACAAGUUCUUUCUCAAGUGAAACUUCUAAGUCCUUUCUCAAAGUCUUAAGAAAGGACCGGGUAAGGUCCGAAACAUUCGCAUGUCUGUUUGUGUUAAUAUAGAAUAAACAUUUAUUUUUUUCCUUUUCAAAACAUGACCCAUCAGUUCCCAUAAUACUUUGUUGUAAUGGAAUAUCUGUUGCCUAUUUUGGAGCACCCGGGAAUGAAACAUUGAGCAUAUAUUUUUAUAAAUAAUCCGAGCUUACAUUUUCAUGUUUUACCCCACUAGCCAGGCUUUAAAAGUUACUCAGCAAAAACCCUUACCAAAAUGUUCCCAAAAAAAGAAGCUUAAAAUAACACCUAAAAGGAAAAAAAAAGUAAUUUUGGUGCUUGAAAAGUAGGUGAACAUGUGAUUCAAAAUUAAACCAUAUUUUUUCAUGUUGGCUGUGUGGCUAUGGGUGUGUGGCAAGGGGAGCUGUUGCCAUGGCUGCAUCAACAGAAACAAAAGUUAUUUAACUCCUAAAUGGCAGUGAAUUGAGACGUGACACUUCAGAGGCAUACUCUAUACACCGAAACUGUUCAAUUAAGCUAAAGUUGUUUUGGUGACUACAGUGUCCCUUAAAUGCUGCAUCUGUUCCAUUGUACCUCCCAAUUCACUAGACCUCAGCCUGCCCUUUACUCUUUUGACAGCAAUCAUUGAUGGUGCCAGCUAGUAUGUCACGUAGGAGAAAACGCAACUGCACAUGCAUGCAUCGGGAAAAAGUCAUGAUGCUCUUGUCUGGUCUACAUCUGCGCGGUUGCUCAACGUGAACGCCAGCAACAUGCAGGCCAUGCAGCCCAGGGACACUCAGAGUAGACAAAAAGCGCGGCGUAAGUGCCACAAAUCUCCACAGAAACCCCAGGACCAGCAGAGAAAUAGUAAAUACUAUUUAAUAGUAAAACUAAUGCAAAGGAGUAAAAGAAAUCAAAGAAAAGAUGGAAAAGAAAAAUAUUUUAAAAAACAUAUGCUGCAGGAGAAUGUCUACAAAGAGAAAAUUUAGUAGGAUCAACCAGAUAAUGGGACGAAUGAGAUAUACAUUAAAAAAAGAAAAAGAAAUGUAAAAAAAAAUGCACAAGUUAUGCCCAGAAAAAAAAUCAAGUCUGUCGUAGCGGGAUUGGACAGGAAAAAAAAAACUGUGAAGGUGGGAUAGGUAGGAGGGAAUAUUUAUACAUUUUCAUUCGUAUUUUUUUUUUGCAGGAACCUGAAGGAUCAGUGAAGCAGAAAGUAGACACUGAACUGACACAAGUUAAAUCUGAAAUUGAUGUGCGCACAGAAAAACACACAGAAAACCUUUUCCACAGAACAGAAGUACUUGCAGGUGAAUUAGCUGCAUAUUUAUAUCUAAAUUUUGCCAUCAGUGUAGUUUGAUUUGAUUUUGCUCCCCACCCUUUGAUCAUAAUAAUUAUUAUUAAAUAUUUACUAAAUAAUAUCGUAAUUCUUAAAGUACUAUGUUUUUACUAUCUCUUGGGUAUUUUAAUACAUUAUAUUUUUUAAAAACACAUUUAUUUAUUACCUACAUUUAUCCGUACAAAAAUAUAGAUCCGUAUAAAACUUGGCUAGAUAAAGAUGGACUAAAACACUGUUAUUGCAAACUCUGUCUGUAAAUUGCUUUAUGGCUUCUGUGAUAAAUCUUCUUCAUGGGUAAAGCACUGGGGGGAAAAAAACACUUCAUACCUUUAGUGAUGUACAAGUUCUCCAAACUUCUUAUUUCUCAAAUUUAAACUUACACAUAAGCUGGAGUAUUUUUUUUUUUUUUUUUAAAUAAUCAUCGUAUGGCUUUUUAAACUGGAAAAUAAUAAAGUUUGGAUAUUUUGUACAUCUCUCCAUCUAUGACACGUAUUUGCAAUGUUUGGUUAAUUGAUUUAUCCCUCAAGCUAUGAUAUUGCCAUAAUAUUGGAGGAUAGAUUUAUAGACAGAGUGUGGAGUAAUGUUGCUUUAAUCAACCAUAAUACACAGUUAUGUCGGGUUUAUUCAGCCUUAUUUUACACAGGCCUAUAUUUCUAUACAAUUGUUUGUUCAGUUAUCUGCCGGAGAGCUUAGAAAAUAUUUAUGUUUUGAUUUAUGAAUAUGUGGUUGCUGUUGAAGUUUCACUACAUUCAUUUAUUUCGAUUUAUUUCCUGAAGAGUUGUGACCAGUUGAUUUAAGGAUAAGUAAUAUUUUCUUUAAAAUUAGACGUUUUAAAUCUCCCCUCAACCAUGCAAUUUUGGCCUAUUUAUUUCAUGGUCUGCCUUAGUCAAGGCUGUUGUCAUUGACCCUCCUACAAACCUGAUCUCUGUUUCUGUGAGUGAUGCAUGUGGAGGAAGGUUGAGUGUGCCUGUGUGUCCUGGUUUAAAAUUGUAUGUGUGAUGGCUGAAUUGUGCAUAGUGGAAUAUGAGAUGUGUAUGGUUGUGUAUGCACUCUCCCCCUCCCCCCCCCCUGUCCACCCUGUGUACCGUUCCUGGAAGUCCAGUGGCAUGUGAGCUAGAUCUCUGGUGGACCAGUAGGUGUGCUUUGCGAUUUACAGCAAUAUCAGUUCAGAUCUUGGUUCCGGCACUCUGAGUAACCAAAAAGUGCCUGGGCACUGUGAGGGUGUCCUAUAAGUGGUCUGUACAUUGGUACAAACCACAGUGCUCUCUCUCUGUGAAGUGAGGAAGCUGAUGGCCUUGCAGGGAGAUCUUUUGAUCUCCCUGCUGGCUUGACAAGGGCUCACUCGGAGCCGGACCUCUAGGCCCUGACAGGGGCCCAACAGGCCGUGGUUGCCCAACUGGUUACCCGGCUCUGGUCAUUGAGAAUCCCCAGAUAGAAGGGAAGUAAUCAUAACACUGAUUACAUUUAGCUCUAUAGCUCCAUCUAUCUGUAAGAAGUAUCUGCACAAAUGACCUUAAUUGUGUAACUUAGAUAUCCUAAACCAAUCCCUUAACAUCAAAGGCCAAUUCACAGAUUUUGUAGUGUAUUUGUAACUUUGACUAACAAAUAACCUUUGUGUUCUAUUGUUUAUACAGCGGUUAUUGCUGGUGGUGGCAUUGGAUUCCUGUUUGCCGUUUUCCUAAUUCUCCUGUUAGUCUAUCGCAUGAGAAAGAAGGAUGAAGGCAGCUAUGACCUCGGAGAACGAAAGCCUUCAAGUGCAGUCUACCAAAAGGCACCUACUAAAGAGUUUUAUGCAUAAAACUCCUAAUUUUAGUGUCUCUUUUUAUGAGAUCACUGAACUUUCUUUUAAACAAAGCUUUUGCAUAGAUUAAUGAAGAUUUUUUUUUUUUCUCAUUGAAAAGCCUUCACGGCAAUUUUAUGAUUUAAAAAAAAAAAAAAAAAUCCCAUUGUAUUUAAAAACUUUUCAUGUAUUCCUUAAGAAAAAAAAUACAAAAACAAAAAUUGAAGUAAAAUCAGAUCUUAACAUUUGCAUUGUUAAGUGAAUAACAGUGGCAGAGUAUUAUUUUAUAAGACCAUUGAUAUUCAUUAAAACGUCGGAAAACCUUUGAUGCAUAAACACAAAUUUUUAAAAAUGGAAAUGAUUGUUUCAAGCUUCGGGUCUAUGAUAGGUUGUUUAAUAUUUUUAGCAUGUCUCAGAUCUUUCAAAAUUUUAGUUUUUAUUUCAUUAAUUUAUCAUUUUCCAAACAAAUGCCUUUUGUAGUUGUCAUGGUGCAAUUGUCAUAGGGUAAUUCAGAUAUACAAUAUAUUAGUGUAAAUGUAUUUUUUUUUCUAUGUAAACUUUUACUUCCAAAAUAUGUAUAAAUAUGUGUCAUGAUAUCCAUUUUACAUUGCUCUGUUGUGUGUUUUUUUUUUCCUUUUUUUCCUUCCGUAUAUUUUUUUUUCUGUUUUUUUUGUUUUUGUUUUGUAUUUUAAUGUAUUUUCUGAUAGGUUUUAACAUGGCAAUUGUUUAAACCUUGGAAAAUGUCUACAAACGUUAGAGUAAGCUACUAUUUCUCUAAAGGUGCAUUCUCUCUUACUGUAAGAAAGACCAUCAGUUUGGUACACUGCUGUGUUUUUUUUGUUUUUCUUGUGAAAGAUAUAUUUUUCUUUUCUCUCCUUCUCUGUAAGUCAUCUACCUUGUCCACAUCGUUGGACACUAGUAUAUGGAAGGCCCCAGUUUUACUUGCAAAGAUAGAUUACAGAAAGAAAUUAGAACUUCAGAUAGUGAAGGAUUUGAUCAGAUCACUGAAAUUUCUGAACUCCUUAUGUACGCUUUAAUUUUUAUUUUAUUUUUGUUCUGUUAUUAAACGCAAGACCAGGUUAAAUGGAAUCUAUCUUGUUUGACUUUUUGAACCCGUGUAGUCCAACAUUAUUUGUUUUUGCAGUGUUUUUGAAUCAUUCUGCUCUGUAUUACAGGUUUGGAAAUCCUUCCCAAACAGGUAAUUUUCUGGGCAUCUAAAUCUAGAACAUUAAAUCAGGAUCUUACCAAAUUGUUAAUCAGUAAAUCCAAAAUGCCUAAACCCGAUUGAUCUGUUGACAUUAAAAAUAAUAAUAAUAAAAAACAAAAACAAAUUCCACUUAAUGCAAAAUGUAGAAUUUAAAUUUAUUCUGUUUUGCCGAAGACUUUUUUUUAAGGUACACAAUCUUCAAAUUAUUUGUAUGUAGAUAGAUUCCAUUUAAUAGAGUUGACAGGGUAAAAAAUAUCACAGAAUCUUAAGGAAUCAGGGUUCGUGUGUUUUCUGAUUUAGGCUCUAACUUGUUUGGUUUUAUUGUAAAUGUAUAAACCAAUUGCCUAUGACAUUCAUUUAGUCGUAGGAGCGGAUGCACCUUUACCACCAUAGCUACUGCAGAGGGUCAGUACAGUACUGCGCAUAAUGGCAAGCAGAUGCUGAUGGCUGCAAAUGUUACUGCAGAUGUUCUACUGCAGGUUGGGUAAGUUGCAAAUCUUCAAGCCUUAGCAACUCCAGUUUCAGGCUAAUUGCGGCCCAACUAGAGCUGAAGGGUGACAGGUUGCCUGUCGAUUUUUUUGGGUAGAGUACUACAUGCAUGGAGCCAAAAUCCAAAGACUAUAUAGCAGUAUUCUGACAAAGUUGCCAGGCCACUGUAUUUAACUCCGUUACAUUUUAAAGGUACGAAUAGGAGUUUCAAGAGCAAUUUUGUCAUUUUUUUUUUCAACAUGCAUUUAAGUUGUAAAAGUCUUUUUAAGCCUUUGAAGUGCCUAUGAUUCCAUGUAAAUUGUUACAGACUAUGUUACGAAGUGUAUGAUCUAUGUUACGAAGUGUAUGAUCGUAAACAAAGAUGUUGGUAUUUUAUAAGCACAGAAAAAAAAAAUCUAAUGGUAAUUUUGUAGUCUUACAUCAAUAGACCUAUAAUGUAAUUUGGGAGCAUAAACACUACUGAAUAAAAUCAUGUGGCCUAAUAAUGGCUAUUUCUGUG